AUGAAGCCGGAGCGGUCUGUGAUCCAAAGAAUGAAACGUGAAUUUGGUUUUGCUUUCAGGCAGCCGCUUUCUUGAAAAUCUCUCUUUAAAUUUCAGUAUUUGCUCCUUGGACAUAACCAGGUGUGUGCUUGUGUGCGAGUGAGGGGUGAGAGAGAUGGUGGAGAGGAUGACAGAGAGGAAACAAAGAGGGGAAGAAACAAAACGGCAGAUAGACAGAGAGGGAGAUUAUUUACCUCAGUGGGAUAAACAGAAAAGGAUAUAAGAUGGAACCAAUCUGAAUGACAAGCCGACUGAUUUCUCCUAAUUGGUUUUGACUGUCUCUCUUUGAACCGCUGCAGCUCUGUUUCCAGGCAAAAAGCUAUCUCUCUCAAUCUGCAGCGCUGCUUAAUUCCUCCGACAAAAAUCAAACCUCUCUGCACACUGGAUUAGCCGCGAUUUAAUACGAUUUGUUUCUGCACACCGGGGGCUUUCAUUUCUUACGCCUGGAGCCGAAAGGGAAGCCAAACCUUACUUGAGGAUCUUCUUCUGCUCUCCACCUUUCAUAUCAGAACACCCACACACACACCUCCCACAUAUCUGCUCCCACCUGCACUCCCACACGGUUGUAUAAGAGCAGCAAAAGAAAUCACUCUGAAUAUGUUUGAAUAUUGUUUAAAAUGAGUGAAGAUAACCACCACAGCCUGAGAGGAAAGAAAAAAAAAAACAUCUCGAAUCUUUGAUGCAGAUUUGCAUUUUAAGAGUUUUCUCUGAGCAAGUGAAGUAUCAUGACAUUAGUCUGAUUCCUCCGCUUUUUUUUUUCCAAGGUGGCGUCACUUGAUCCGAGAAAACUCAACAAGUGGAGCUGAUUUGCAUCAAAAACGAAUGACAUUAUCUCACCCUGCAGUUUUUUCCUCCCUCCGUUUUGCUUUACGGGAACUAAAUCUGAUUUCAAGGCUCUGCUGUGGAAUAAGUGACUUGUCGAGGGGGGGGGUAGAUAUUUUGGUACAGCAAGCGCUGCCUGUCAAGACCUCGGAGAAGAUGAGCUCUUCACCUGAGUGCCAGUUGCUUUCUCUAAAUACCAUCCACAAACAUCCCAAACCUACAGCAACAGCACCACGCUUUCCUCGCCUUUCCGUCUGCAAAGGCUUUUAUUGACAGCUUGCCACUAGAUUAGCUGGCUCUUUGCAAAAGGUUAAGAAGUCUCCUUCUGGGCAUAAAGCAGGUACAGCAUGUUUCAUCGGAGGAUGCAGACUCGACUCAGAUCCCUUGUACCUUUUUCUGUUUUAUCUGAUCAUUUCUUUUGGCAGGAAACCCAGGGAGAGUUUGAGCCAGAGGAAGAUGUUGAAUUCAGUGACAGUCUUGUGAAACAGCAGCCUUUAACGUGUCGGCGCUUAAUUUGUCAUGUGAAAUAUUUACCUGGUUUGUUUUCUUAUGAAAAGCCUCUCACUUGAACAGGUGUGACAACAACAGCUUUAAUAAAAUGAUGAUGCACAGUUGAAAACCAUCGUCACAGAUCUUUACAUAGACACAGCGAAUGCCUGUCACAUCUAACUGUGACCACUGCUUAUUAUAAUAAUUCAGCAUCUAUCUGUGUGCUUCUGCAAAUCAGCUACAGAACUGUAUAAGCCAUUUGAAAAUACUAACAUUCUUAUUACGAUAUUAACUUACUCAGUGCCAUUGACGGUUUUUUCCGUUUUUUUGUUUUCCGCCAGAGGGCGCUCCUCCCUAACAUGCAACUCAGUUUGGGGUCGUUCUGAACGCAGAAAAGCCGACAAAUACAUCAUAAUUAUGUUACAAUUACAAAAACAAGUACUCGCCAGUAAGAAGUGUGCCAUCAAGUGUGCCCAUUAGCCGAGUUGUGGAGUGUUUUUUUUCUAUGAGGAGAGUAGGUAAAUGCCGAAGUCAUUAGCCGAGAGCUAACGGUCUUGACGCAUCAGCUCCCUUAGGCGCGGUGCUACCGUCUCUGGAUCCAGUAGAGAUCCCUGUACCGGACCUUCACAUCGUCAGCAGACAAUCAAAGAAACGAUUUUCCGGUGUGUUGUUGUGCCGCCGGUGCUGGUACUGGUGAGCGAGACUGAGCCGGAAUUCAGCGACAAACCUGGCGAGGAGGAUGUGAGCAGUCCGUGUGGUUUAUGCGGCGCCAGGUUCUUGAGAGCCAAUGAGACUCCCAGCCUUCGCAAAGUGACCUAUCACAAUCGAGUGUUGAGGAGUGGUGUCCGAGGAAGGAGGAACUUGAUGCCACCGGUUAAGUAGUUUGAAGUGAAAUGAAACAGACGCUCAGAGUUCGGCUUGAAAGUCUCUCCUUAAUGUUUUUCUCAGGUUUCAUUUCCAGAUCGGUAAAGAUGAUAUGACCACUGUGCAUUGAGUAGGUAAUAACUAAACACAGGAGUGGGUUAGAAACUAACUUUUCUUUCUGGUGAAAGGAGAGAAUCACCCCUUUCUUUUGAGAUAUUGCACUUAAUUCUAGUCCAAGAUAUUCUGUGGGUCUUGAAAGAUACAGAAAUUUCCGUUGCGGUCCCUGGUGGCACUGGGUGAAUAUUGCAUAAAUGAACCUGGCACUGAGUUAGUUAACCGUAAAAUGAAGGGGACCCAGUGCAGAACCUUGUGGAACACCGUUUGAUUGGUUGUCAAAAUGCAGAGCGAUGGUUUUCCAAAAUGAUAAAUUAAGAGAGAGUGACAAAAACGCUGACCGGGCAUGCCAUCAAAUCCACAUCACAGAUCCUCUGCAGGAGUAGAAUAAGGUCAGAGAUGCUGUUUCAUGCAGCAACACAGUUAGAAUCUCCCUCUGCCUGCACCAGAGCACCCUCAAAUGUCUAUUUUUCUUUUUUUUUUUAGCUUGUCAACAGAUUAGCCGGCUCUUUGCAAAAGGUUAAGAGGUCUCCUUCUGGGCAUAAAGCAGGUACAGCAUGUUUCAUCGGAGGAUGUAGACUCGACUCAGAUCCCUUGUACCUUUUUCUGUUUUAUCUGAUCAUUUCUUUUGGCAGGAAUCCCAGGGAGAGUUUGAGCCAGAGGAAGAUGUUGAAUUUGAUGACAGUUUUGUGAAACACCAGCUUUUAAUUUGUUAUUGUUUUUACUCCUUAUCACUUGAUUGAGCUGCGACGGGAUCAGAUUUGAUUGAGAUUUAAUUAAUGAACCAGCCCACUGCACGAGAAGUCACACGUGACAGUCAUUGAGACAGAAAUGCUGUCAGGAAGUCUGUCAAGCACCAGAUAACCGAUUCUUCUCACUUGUUAAAACCUAAUCACUAUGAUUUUAUCAUGGGCUGGUACCCAUUAUACAGCAGCGGUGAUAAAGCAGACAUGUAAUUAACUCCUUGACAUUCAGUUUCACGUUUUUUUCCCCCUGAAAACACUUUAACCCAUACUUUCAUAUCACUCCUCUCCCUGUCUGUUCCUGCUCUUUACGGGAGCUUUAUAAUAUUUGCACAGUGAAAGUAGACAUGUUCAAACUUCAUCUUUUUAUGACUACACCGAUCCCUGAAACAGAAAUGUCUCGUCUGUCUUGUUCAUCACUUUGCACACAUUUCUCCAAGAUUCAGCCUGACAUAUUCAGUAUUUUAAAACUCUGGGCUUUCCACCAGAGUGAAAAUAGUUCUCCGUGGUAAGAGCAGUUUUUGGCUGUGAGCUCUGUGUUUGCACUGGCUGGCACAUCAUUAUGUUUAUGAGAUUGUUAGCCAAGCUAACAGCAUGGCCCUGUUGGUCCAUUGGCCUAUCGCCUGUUACGGCCAGAUUGAAAUAUCUCAAACACUUUCAGAGGGACUGCUAUUAUCUAUGGUUGGCUUCUACCUGAGGACCAGAUAAAGAGUCUCAGGGACUUUGGAGAACUUUGUAACUUUUCUUUACUUCUAUCAGAAGGUUAUAAAUGAUUGGUCUGGGUCAAACAUCUCAAAAACCAUUGUUAACGGAUGACUUUCAGCCUGUUACCAUGACAACUACAUCAGUAUUUGAGUGAAAGUCAUCAGUUAACAGGAUCAUUACUUACACCAUAACACCUGUGGAUUUACUUUCAUCAUUAUAAAACAGUGCUAUGAUGAAAAAUCUCACUCAUGUAUCCAACUCUUUCAACAAUUUAAAAAAUAGCAAAGAAAUAAAAACUAAAAUUGAUUAUUGUGUCGUUGGCCAGCUAAGAAAUAGAUACCAACACAAGCAAGAGCUUUGCUUAAGUAAGCUUAUGGUUACCUUCUUCGUUGUAUCUGUGAUUACUAAAAAUCGGGUGACCAUAUUCCAAAUCCCCAAAAAGAAGACAUGACUACGUGGGGUUGGAGUCACGGAGUUGCUUGUACUUAAUUUUGAGAGUUUUUCGGGUCUCAUCGAGUGUCUUUUACGUGCUUCUAACUCGGUAAGUCCAUGUAACACAAACUCAAAACUUCCAUACAAAACCCCGGACAUUUGAAGGAUUUUAUAAACUCCCCCGGACGAAACCAGACAGCCCCCCAAAAAGAGGACAUGUCCGGGUAAAAGAGGACAUAUGGUCACCCUAACUAAACUUGACUUUUACCGAGGAAGAAGCUAAAUGCUAAUGUCAGCUAUGCACCCAUGUUAUGUUUUCAACUUGAAACGUACCCCGAUGUCUGUCCUUCUUUUAACUAAUUAUUGUGUUUUUAGAUGCUUUUCAAUGGGAGAGCAGUAACUUAACGUAGUUUAUUUUAUUUGUUAAUAUGACUUACAGCCCGUCACACAACAGUAACACAUGAAAACAACAUUUGAGCUUCACAAUCCAGGCAUAAAGAUGGCAAUUAUUGCAACAAAGUCGACUGUAUUGUAUUCCAAAGUGAGCUGCAAAAAGUAGCUAGCAUGUUUUCUUGUGAAAUGUUAGCAUUAGCCAGAUCGUUAAAUGUGUAAUAAUGACACCUGAUGACCUCAAAUCAUGAGCAGUGCUCGCAAAGUGGUGCAAAACUGUGUCAUCAGCAUAUCGUAGAGCCUGAAAAUACAGAAGUUACAUAAUAGUUUAAUAUUAAAAAGGAGGGGACCCAAUCCAGAGCCUUGUGGAACGCCAUUUGAUUAGCAUAAUUCAGCAUUAAGGAUGUUUUCUAUAAUAGUUCGAUCUUUUUUUUUUCUCCACCUGAAGACCUGGAUACUGACGUUUGUCUCUCCUUGUGUUUCUCUUGCAGUUACUUGCACUAAGGUCCACAUCAGCUCCUCUAUCUUCCUCUAUUUUCUAACACAAUACUGAUUAAAUGUUCUGUUUGAUUAGUUUUAGGCACACGGUUUGGUUAAUAAAAGACAUUGUGGUGUGUGUUAACAAGAAAACUCCACACAGACUUAUUCUUUAUCUCAAAACUCAAUCCAGGCUCUCCUUGGUGAAAGUGUAGCCCAUUCAUCAUCGCCACACACCACCCCGAGUACUCUUUAUCUUUCUACUACCUCACUGGACUUCCCACUUCCUGCGCAGCUACACUCUCUGUUUCGGCUUAUUUGUGGUUUUAAACUCUAUAAAAUUGGACCUAGUCAUCUUUCACUACAUGACAACGCUCCUGUAAUUGUAUAUUUUAGUCAAUGCACGUGUUCGCCACACCACACAAGUGAAUAGAUUAAUAAGCAGUACAUUAUUUUCAAGUCUCAGAGCUCUAAGACAGUUGGGAAUAAACAAGCACUUACCGUCCUCCGGGGAAUACAGCCUGCAUGUUAUUAAUACCACAUGAAGGCAGUAAACACACACACACACACACACACACACACAAUGCUGCGCCCCCGUCUCCGGGCCAAUCUGUAACAAAUAUGACAUUUUGUUUUGACUGGCGCUCAAACUCUUCAGUCUAAUUCUGAACAUGUCAGGAUGUAUUGGAGAGAUGCAUCAUUCCCCCCCAAGUCCCAUCAAAACCCAGUCAGUGUUGGCAGAUGUAUUCUUUGUGACGACUGUAUGAAUUCAUGAAUAAUACAGCACCCCCCUCUUGGGUUUAUGAAUAUCAUUUUGAAACGCUGGGAUACGAGGAGUGUGAUGCAUCGUUGGACGAGUUUGAUAGUUUCUGACAGGGGAAGCUGAAAUGUAAUACAGUUAUUAUAUUCAAUACGAUUUACAUUAUUUUGGCGGAGACUCAGCGGAUCAUGAACUCUAACAUACGCUCAUUAGUCGAGGUUAAAGACAGAAUAACGCUUUUUCACAAAUUAGAGGUCAGUUUACAUGCAGUAGAGAGUAUCAGCGAGUGUACCUAAGCAUGAACAGAACUUUUUUAUUGACAGUUAAGCUGAAAUAUGAGCUUUAUUGGUCAGAUUCACAUUAUACUUCCGCUUUGAUUCCUCUUUAAUAGCUUUACGUUAACAAAAAGCCUCCUGUUUCUCAUUUUAGUUUAUUAAAAUAUCAUUAUUUCAGCCUCCGUUUGAAACGCUUCGUUUUCGCUGCUGUCUCUUUAAGACCUACUUUUUUCUGAUUGGCCGACUAAGGAGAGUCUAUUCCAAUGAUGUCAUUAGUUAGUGAGUCUCAUUGAGAUAUCGUACGAUCUCCCAAUGAACCGUUUCUGAGGUCUACAUCUAUUUCUAGGAUUUACCUCAUAAAUUUACCUCAAGUAUAAACACCAAACAUACUUUCUUCUGAUUGGCCAACUAAUGAAAGUCUAUUGAAAUGACAUCAAUAGUUAGCGAGUCUCAAUGAGAUAUCGUACGAUCUCCCAACCAACCAUUUUUUCAAGGAUUUACCUUGUAAAUUUACCUCGAGUAUGGACACCAAACAUUGUAACUUUGCUUUUUUUGUUGUUAAUGUGGAAAAGCAUAAUACCACCCAACAGAACGUCAAAAAUAGACACACUCUGAACCUUGAAAAUAACUUUUAACACUCAUACAUCCUGUCCCAAAGCUCCACCAAUUAGCCAUCUUUAACUCUUACCUACCGACCCGUCUCCUAGUUCACAUAUUAUUUUCCAAAACAGGUGACAGACGCAUUAGCGAGAGGCUUAAAAGCAUCUUAAACGGUGAAAAUAUCUGCUCCUUUCUCACUUUUCAGGGAUGAUUUUGACAGUUUUGCCAAAUAACUAAUGUCUCCUGUCAAAGUUCUUCCAGAGAAAUCAGAGGAUUGUUGAUUGAGGUGUAGUUUCGAAAACUUCUGAUACACCAAAAGGUAAAAUCAAGAAAUAAUUUGGAGGAAAAUUUUGCAGGUUUGUCUCUCAAACAUUUGUCCACCUUUAUCAAAUAUGACAAGACAUUUUUCAGUGAGUUUUCUUUGUGUGAUUGAGUUCUUCUUGUUCCUUCGCUCGCAGCCCGGCAGAUUGUCUUGUUUGUGUUUUCAUGAGUUUGGUGAAUUAGCUUUGUGGUUUUCUUUGUACGCCCUAAAUAGCGUUUUGAAUGUUUCCUUGAAGGUGUUUACACAAAACAAACUCAGACCUCGCCAUGAGACUAACCCGUCCUCUGUCUGCCUCUUCUUCUCCCAGGAGUUCCACGUUUGGCGCUCUCUAUGGGCAGGAGGGACUGCCUGCAAGCCGGAGACACCUGCUCCAGCGACGACACCUGCAGCCCGCGACUGCGCACCCUCAGGCAGUGUGUGGCAGGAGACGGCAGCGUGAAGCUGGGGCCCGGGGCGCGAAACCAGUGUGAGAACGCCAUGACGGCGCUGCUGUCCACUCCUCUGCACGGCUGCCAGUGUAAACGAGGCAUGAAGAAGGAGAAGAACUGCCUGAGUAUCUACUGGAGUCUGCACCAGUCCGUGCUGCACGGUGAGAUGAUGGUUGUGGUUUUAGGAGGAGUGGGCAGCGGCAGGUACAGUACGGCGGCGGGAUUAUCCAGUGUGUGCCGCCCAUUACACAUGAAUUAUUCCUCCACCUCCGCACAGCUUAACAGUAAAUUCCGAGCUAAAGAGAAGAGAUGAUUAUGUAAAAAUAGUUCAAACCGAGGCUCUAAUUCCUUUUGUUCUACCCACACUCAUUAUAUUUGAUCACUUCUAGGCUUGUUUCAAACGCUUCCCUCCAACAGUGUCAUCUUCUGAUCCUCAGUUUGUUUUCCUACAUUCACUCUCGCUCUUACACACCGAGAACGCCAAAAAACUAAAAAAGGAUCAACAGCAGGGCAAGGUCGGGAGUAUUUUCAAAUUCUGCAAGUCAAAUAUAAUUAAUAAAAGAUGGUGUAAAGAUUAUGUACCCAGUGAGCGAACAAUCGAGCGCAGCCGCCUCAGAUUCAUGUAUCGAUUGGAGUUAUUUCGAGGCCAAAAACAUCAAUGUGGUACAAUCCAAACAACCAGUAGACCGCUGUGAUAAGAAAAUAUGUAAAAUAGUCCAAAUCCACUCAAACAUGUGAUAUUUUUAAAGAUUUAAAGGCGGUCUGAUCUUGCUCAAGUUGUCUGGGAUCCAUCGUAUCAUGCAAGAUCGGGUUUGGAUCCUUCGUCCACAUAAGCUGCGUUUCCAUUACAUGUUUUCGCAAAACAAAAGCGAUGUUUGUCAAAUUUCGACAAAGUACAAUUGCGAUUUGCGGGUGUUUCCAUUGAGGAGAUACAAAACAUUUUGCGUUUCGGAGCAGCUGUUUCUGUGACCAUUACUGCUGUUGCCGCUGCUGUCAUCAGAAGACGAAGGCAGCGGGUGAUAAUUCAAAGACAAAGCCCGUAUGUAUGGGAGCGGACACGGAUGAGGGAUUUCUGGGAGAGGAUCGUUAAUGAGGAAUUCACAGACGAAUUGUGGAAUCAAAACUUCAGGAUGACCCGGGAUACGUCCUAUGAACUGUGAUGCUAUUGAGCCUCGGGAGGCAGUUCCCACUCGGAAGCAUGAUCACAUGACCCGCUACGUCACGUCAGGUGACGUAGAAUUGCGAGAAUAGUUUUUCCAUUACACUUUUGCGAUAUACUUCUAUAUCGUCACGUCUGAAAAACCACUUUUUAGCGGUUUUAGCUGUAUUUGAGAGGUUUUUCGAAAUUUAGGUGUUUCCAUGACCAGUUUUCUAUUGCAAUAUUUAGGUUUUGCGCAAAUCUAUGGGUAAUGAAAACGCAGCUAGAGAUGCUCCUGAUGUUCGGAGUCCAGGCUGUUUCUAGUGAUCCAGAUCCUGUGUCUCAGCAUGCACCAACCCCUUUUUGCACACAACUGAGCAUAGAUGCUUUCUGCUGCCAUCGGGCACUGACAGAUUAAAUCUAUCUCCCUCCCUCAAUAGCAAUUUACUCUGCUGUCUAUUUGAUAUGCAGUUAUGACCUGCUCCUCACUGAAAUCCAGUCAUUUAAAUGCUCUAAACACAGAAGUGAGUUCCCCAAACAUCGAAAAUCUUUGACAUGCUUUGACUUGCAGAUCUUUAAAUUAUGCUCUAUGGGUCUUUGUCAAAGUAAUUUUGGGUGUUUGGUAUGUUUUGACACGGUUAUGAGACCCUUUAGCUUUGAUUGCAGCGUUUAUUCACUCGUGUUAAAUGCGGUUUGGCAAAGACUACACAGCCUCUUUACAGCCCCUUCACUAACCUCACGCCGCUCUGAGAACAUACACACUGAAGCGCUGAUUGGCAAACUGGUUUUAUAACUCAGAAGACGGCUAAUUGGUUUUUAACCUCGUGUGACUUCCCUUUUGUUGCUGUGGAGCUGCAGCUUUUCAUCGUAGUUGAGGCUUGAUUACCAAGUGGCUUCAAACAAACCCGACUCCUAAAUAGCACAGGGUGGCCUGGAAACUGCUGACACAGCAAGUCAUUAUUUUUCAUUAUGAGAUUUAUCAAAAACCUUUAAUACCCAUCAGACCAAGGAACACAUUUCUGAGGGUACUUAAGUGACCGGGACCAGAACUGAGAACUGUGAGGAGUUUUCUCUCUGGAUUGGGUACAUGCACAGUCACAGAGGGGGGCUCUUCUUAGCUUUCGUUUCAUUUUUCAUGUCAUUUUUAUAAUCUGUAAUUGUCCCCAUAGGGAAAUUUGUCAUGGACUCUCCGAUGGUCCGCAGUAGAAGGAUAGAAGAAGAAGUAUCUGACUGCAAGUGAGCUAGCUUUAGCAGCCUGUUUUUAAAGCUAGUCGCUCCUCAAUUGAGCCCAUACUUCCUGUGAUUUUAUCCGUUUUCAUUCAGCUCUGUAACCUAUGAUCUACCAAAUGUAGCCUGACCUUCAAAAUAAAAGCAUAGUUUGACAACACAGGAUAAAAAAAUUCAAAAUAAAAGCAUGAUGAAACGUAUUUUUAUGAAGUAAUGUGUCCUCUAAAGAUGUUUUAAUCACAGAGCUGAUGAUAAAUCAUAAAUAUGAGUAUUAUUGGAAAUGGAUGAUGACUCUGCUCUAACCCCAACGGUGGCCAUUUUCGCUGUCUGCCAAUUCCUACCAGAUCCAUUUGUGAGGAAAAUUUCAUGGCGGGUUACGAACGGCGGGAAUCACAACAACUCACAAGAAUCCACGGAUUCACGCAAUAACAAGUUGUCUCUGUAAAGACAGCCGCAUAGACAUAUAAGCUGUAGAUUGUGUCCUUCCAGGGGAGGGAAUCUACUUCUAGACUUCUAGAAUCAGCAUCUUCUCAUCAAUGGUGUCAUCGGAGUAAAAUUAUGUCUUUAAACCUUUCACUCGUUUGUCCCCGCCAGUUUGAAUGGUGUGAAAUGCAAUCCUCUUGUUUUAUUCUGAAAAGAAGCCGGAUGUUUUAUUUUGUGUCUGUGCCCGACUUCCUUUUCAGCACGGGUUAAUCUGUGCCGAACUUACCCGGCAUGCUCCAGCGUCCGGAAAAAAUAGAACUCUUCUGACCAGCUGCGGAGUCUGGUUAUCCGCAGCGGAACGGAAAGAAGCCGAUGGAAAUUGCCAUAUUAUCUUAAAUGGUUACAAUCAGCUGUGAUCAGCGGAUACGGCUUUUUCGUAGCCGUUCCGGAUGUGGUGGAAAUCGGGGGUAACUUGCGCAUUCCCGUUCAGAAACGCCGAACUGUCCCUUUAAGUUUCAAACUUUUAUGACUCUGAUAUUCCAGGAAACUUCAGGAGACGAUCUCUGCUGUUAAAGAAAUAAAAAAUAAAAACAAGCUCAGAGCAACAUUUAUUUCAGUUGUCAUGACAACAAGACUAAUCUCUCCCCUUUGUUCGGCAGGACUCAGCCUGGUGGAGAGCUACCCGUAUGAACCAGAGGAGAGGGGCUCCGACUACGUCCGUCUGGCCUCCAUUGCUGCAGGUGAGUGGGCGAACUGGCACAGCUACAAGAGUUUCUGCUCCCUCGUUCGCUCUCUCCGACCGCGCACGGGGGAAAAUAAGUUCUUUACAUAAUGAAAAGCUUCCAUUUUUCAGAGGAGUUAAAGAGGUGCAAAAGAAAAGGGCAAAUAGAGCUGUUAUCGGGAGGUGUUUGGAAGGAGCAGCCGAGUGGAUCUGCAGGUGUGUCUGCUGCAUCUGAUGAGUAACAACCCACUCUUGGCUUCUGUCUUGCCUCUGAGCCCUUGGGCAAGCCGCAGGGCUGGUGUGUGCUGCUGUUAGCCCCCGAGGCACAGAUUAAUUACCUAUUUACUCUAAUGCAGCAGGAAGCCACAAAACCAAGGGGUUAGAAAGACAAAGAUUGUGAAGAACAGACAGAAAAGGCAUCGCAAGGGGUGCAAAGGAGCAGAAAGAAGUGGCAGACAGACAGAUCUGGUUUGUUUACUCAGACUACACUGCAUUUUUUUCCUCUUGUUGGGGGUUUGGGAAAGAGAGAGGCUGCACACAAAUGAGGAGUUACUUUUUUUCCUUCCACUGGAGAGGACAGAAAGUCAAGUGUUUUGUUUUCUGCGACAGCAAUUAUUCUCUGGAUGAGUGAGGCUGAGAUGGAGACUCUGCAGAACUUAAAUAAUGACUUAAAUGAAGUGAUUAGUAUGGAUGGCCUUCAUGGAUUUCAUAGAGCAUAAUGAUAAAUGUCCUAAACGCACACAAAGUUUAAACGAGAGGAUAAUGAAGGUCUCUGAGGGGACGCUGCUCAGUGUGGACGCUUAAAGACGACACAGAGUGGCCUUAAAAAAAGAGAUGAUACUCAAAUGAGUUAUUGAUUAUUUCAAGAUCAUUUUAAGAGACACAUGUUUUGGAGAACUCCUCACAGCUUCGAUUAAGAAUCACUCCAGCUGUUCAUUCUAAGGCAUCUGUUUCAAGGUACCCUUAAGGUGCCCCCUGUCAUUGAUUUAACCAGUUUUGCACCAUCUUAUGUCAUUUAGUAGCUUUUAUUACCUUUCAGUUUUUUAAGGGUACAGAGUUAAGGAACCCUAAAAUAUUGUUAAAGGCAGCUCUUUAAAGGGAUAUUACGGCAUUAAAUCAAGUUGAGGUCAAACACACUAUAACAACACUGCAGCGGGGUGACGCAGCUCAAGGAAGAACAUUUAUGAUCAUUUCUUCAUGGAAAUACAAUCAGACCGAGGUCUAAGGCAUAAGAACUACCGUGUCUGCAGUGUAAAAUGAUUAAUAUGAUGAUUAUAAUUUCAAGGAAAUGAUAUAGAAAUUAUCAGAAAUGUUCUUCCUUGAGCUGCGUCACCCCACUGCAGUCGAUGGAGGUCUUCAUACAAACAAGCGGCUGCUGGAAGAGAGACGAUGAGUUGUGUUUAGUCUCUUUGCUAAAGAAAUCAGUCAAAGUUAAAAAGAUGUUUGGUGUCUAGUACUAUGUCUGUGACCCUACAUGUCCUGUUGAUGAAGUUAGGUGCUGUUCUGGUCAUUAUUUGUGGCUAUAGAGUGGCGUUUUGGUUGAGCACGUGGCUCUCUGUGUAUUGCUAUCCUGCAGUCAUUACUAAAGUUGGUAUAACUAGAGAAGCAAGCAGUCGGCAACAUUCAUCUCUCGACGGGGUGUCUAACUCGGUGUUACAGUGUGUUUGACCCUUUAAGGUAGUCACACCUCCAGCAUGUAUUCAAAGGUACUCUGUGCAACUGUUUCAAGGAACCCUUUCAGCCAUGAUGCCCUUCAGCUCCAGUUUGAACACAAUCUUUGCAGUCUGUUUUGUGGUACCCUUCGGAAUAUUUUAAAGAUUUUUCUUGGUAAAAAAUUAACCCAGCUUUUAAGUGAAAGUCCCACCUUAUAUGACUCGAUUUAUCCACUCUCAUCCGGCUCUUUUGGACUUUUUCCCACAAGACCUGACUUAGCUGCACAGACUCACCAAAGCUGCUAUGAAUUUACAAAUAUUGAAUCAGUGUUUUUGUGUAUUUAAUGUGAGUUGUGGUGUAUAACUUAUUUGUUGGUAAAAGUAGGAGCAGUGAGUGCGAACAGUCCCGUCAUGUUGAAGUAAAACACUGAGCUGCAGCUGCUCAGCAGAGAAUACGCUGAAGCUGACGGUGACACACUUUCUCAAAAUAGGAUCUGCUGUGAUGUUUCUUUUUUUUUCUCUCUCUCUGUCAGGGGAUUAAAGGUGUCCAUGAGAUAUAAAAGUUGCAUGAGGUAGUUUUGUAUGUUGGCAGGUCUUAAUGGCAGUGAGACGUUGUUGUCAGAUACUACAGACAGUAUGAUUUGAAACCUGAAGUAAUGGAAGAUGGCAUCAGCAAAUUGCCGGUGCUUUCAUUAUACCGCAGGGAUGUGGAGGAGAAUGAUGAAGCUUCGUAUGAGGCGGAUUCAAGAGACAGUUUGCAUGAUUGCAUUAGAGGUAAAGUCAGGUUAUGUUAAGGAUAUGAAGAAAUUACACAUGAGUAUCACUUUAGAGAUCAGGAGCAGGGAAACUCUAUUGUACCAUAUCAAACUAAAACACAGUAAAAUAAUCACUCUGGAGACUUCCAUGGAGGUUAAACUGUUAUUAUUACUAUUAUAGAAGUAUUGGAAGUAUUUGCUGUCCAUGUAUCCUUAAUCUAAGACUUUUAGUAAAAGAGUAUUUGAUCUGUGGGACAGUGGGACCUGAGCGCUAGUCUGGAUAACAAAAGCAGCAUUUAGCUUAAACUUCUCUUCAAGAAAGAAAGUGAAAAAACAGGAGAAGAAAUAACAUUCAUGCAGUCAGAUUGACAGCUCAACCAAUCAGCAUGCUAGUUCACCGCAGGUCGAUUAGGAUGAAACCUUCAAUUAAUUUUAACCACAUAAAGGGACAGGAGGGAUGAGGGGGUCACUGAUGGUUUUUGCUUUCUGCAGAAAUCAACGUUGAUACAAUAAGAAAGCUCGUCGAGUUGUUUUCUUACCGUCUCCACACACCAAGCGCGAGUAAAAUCAUUCGCACUCGUACUACUCUGGCGGCGCGAAUGAUGCGAAUUGGGCGGUAGCUGAAAAUGUCUUAACUUGAGUGGAUAUUCAAGUCGCGAUAACUAAUCAGCACAAAGGUUGCUGGGUGAUAUAUGAAAACAGACAGUUGUUCACUGGUGUCGGUGUGUAGGUACCUCAAAUUAUAUGAUACCUUUUCUCUCAAUCACCGAAACUGAUAUAAAAAGGAACUCGCCUGGAGGAAAGUGAGUGAGAAGGUCAAAUUACCUGGUAACUCGUACAAAACCUUUGUCUAUCACUUAUACUAUUAUAUAUAUACUUAUACUAUUCAUUCAAGCGUCUAGAUUCGCGCGAAUUAAGCGAGUAGAUGAUUUUACUCGCGCUUCAUGUGAGCGCCCCAUUUAGUGUUGUGUUGCUGCUAAAAGAAGGUGAAACAUGUAAGGCUGAUGGUCACAAAUAGAUUGAUUUGUGUAGUUGUAUAGAUUUAGACGAAGGCUUGAGGGAAACGAUUUUGCUUCUUAACAACUGAGUAGCUCGAUUUAUCGGAGGAACCCUUUCAUUAGUGCUUCUAUGUGUCGAAUUAUUGACAACAUAUCACAUCAGCCUGCUGUUCUCUUGAGAUUACUAACCCCCAAGUGCUCCUGUCUUCCUGAGUCAAGAGCUGAACACAUGAUGCACGUCUUCAAACUUCCUCAUCUAACUGUUGAUUGUAGUUUUUAAAACACAAACAUAUAAUCUACAAGAAAAUCCCCAAAUCUCCUCAAACAGGCGUGAUCGUGUGUUUUUGUGACCUCAUGCUUACGCUUGUUAAAACGCCACCGCUCAAUUUGGGCUGCUGUGAAUUACAGCGGCGGCGGACCUGCACUGUACAGCCCCCUCGUAAAUUUCGCUCCAGCGACUCCGCGGGAGGUCAAAGUUGACAUCUAUGCCAUGCAUCUCCAAAAGCGGACUGCCAAAACAGCGAAGAAGUGAUUAAUGGAUGUUUUUCCGCCCUUAUAGCAUCUCUCCCUCAAACUGAGUAAUGACCCUUUUCAAAGACCCAAGCUGGAGCCACCGCUCAUCAUAUUCUUAAGAGUAUUCAAACAACACAUCACUUCACCUUCAGCUAAUUAAUCAGUUGACUUUAAAGAAGUCAGUGGUAUUAAGAAAGUGCUUUAGUGUUGACUCAUUAGAUGUUCUGCACCAAGAAAAGGAGCUUGAAGCAUCAUUUGCUUUAAAGACAGAGCGAAUCGUUCACUGUUUCCUGGAGCAGACACCCCGGCUGUGAGGGAGACGCCAGUUUUCUUUUCUUUUGGUGUUUAAAGGCAGAGGAGGCAACCUUGGAGGAAUCAGUCAUCCGUUUUUCUCUGUGAUUGUUCUUGGACUGGUUGGCUAUAGUUAAAGCUUGUGGAUGGCAUCACUCACACACAAAAAGAGCAUGGCAAGAAUCAAACCCCAUCAGUCCCAAUCAAUUCACGAUAUCCUUAUAUUUACAAAGGCUGUGUCCGAAAUGAGUCACUCAAUCCCUAACCCCUAACCUCCAUAUGGGAUUUUACUAUAUAGUUGACUAUGUAGUGAACUCAAUUACCAGAGGUUUCGGACACUACAUGGCAAGACGCAAUGUAUGACGGGAUGCCCGCCACUGGUGAGUGACCAAUCUGAUGGUCACUACAUUUUGCAAUGCUUUAUGGGAAAUUUUCAGUCGCCUAUAUUGGGCACUGGAAUUGAUCACUGAGAUUUCAGACACCCCUCAAAAUGGCGCGAACCCCCAUGUAGUCACCUAUAUAGGGGUUAGGGAUCCAUUUCGGACACAGCCAAAGACUCAACCAUCUUGUAGAAUCAGAUCUACCCAAGAUUAUCCCAUCUUGAUCUGUUUUGAGUGUUUCACAAGGAAAAUACUUCCUGUAACAGGCAGAAACCCCAAGCAGAACCAGACUAUUUACAGGAACAUAGGGCUGUAAUCAACCAAAGCAAUACUUGGUCGACUAAAACCUUGAAGUUUUCAACCAAAAUCGACUAAUUGGGUGUAUUUUUCAACUCUGACGGCAAACAGUUCUGCGGCAGUGGACAACGUGGCUUGGCGGGGUGAAAAUAUACGGAUAUCAGCACAGGAAGACAAUGAAACACAAAAGGUUCAGAUAUAAAUAUUUAGUAAACCACCAGACGUUGACUAACAUGGAAGCUCUUCAAUCUUCUCAUCUCUAGUCGGUCUCCAGUGGGUUGGGCAAAUUCACAAAACAAGGGGGGUGUUCUGAGACAGGUUGUUACCUGUGCUCUGAAAACACCCCUAUCAGCACUUGUUACGUUCCUCCUGAUGAAAUUAACCAUAAACUGUAAAUUGACACGGAAAAAAAUCAAGUCGACCAAUCAGAAUUUUGGUCGACUCAGCAUGUAUCGACCAAUAAGUCGACUAGGACUUUACAGCCCUGAAGAAACAGCAUUUUAAUCAUGUUAGACGUCAAUUAUCUGGCACCCGAUCAUCACCAGUCCAUCAGAGGUCUACGUAAAGACAGAUUAGCCUAAACAGGCCAAAUGCAAUCCAGGUUAUAGACUCUCUAGGUCCUCUAGGUUCAUGUCAGUCCUAAACACGUUUAUGACUGACCAAGAAGUCCCAGAAAACACCCGUUAGAAACUUCUCCAUAGUUUGAGGAACUUUGAGGAGCAUCCCUCUUUUCUAAUUGAAUCCACAUCACCUGGACUCUGAACUCUGUUAAAUCCCAGAACCCGUUUAGAGGAACCUUUUCUUCAGGGUUAGUACUCCUCAGGCACAAAAGGGACUGCAGAAACGCUAAAUUUAUACGGCGACUCUGAGGGUAAACCUCCAGAAACUGAACGCCGGGAUUCACUGUUGUGGUUUUAAGGAGCCAAAAACAACAGAGCGCGUCGCUGUCCAAACACUAACAGACUUCUCUGUUGAUUUAAAAUUUAGAUAUGUGACGAUGAAUAUUGCAAAACCAAAACGACGACUGCAGAACAAGUGAGCGGGUGAAUGCAUUUGGCCUCUGGUGGCCUGAGCGAGCGGCGGCUCAGAGCUGUCGUUUUAUUGGACGGCGCGAGGUGUAGGUGUGGGUACGGCGUGAAUGCGAAGCAGGGUGUUGUUGCAUAAGAGCGUGCACGCUCAGCAGGUCUCUCCUUAAUAAAUAAUGGCUUCUAGAAACACAAUGACAACUCAGAAAAACGUAUGUGCAUAUUUUCAUUGCUUGUGGCCACUCAGUGCGAUUUGUCAUCCCUCCCCGCUGCUCCUUCAGGUCCUCCAAUCCUCCCCCCUCAGCUUCUUAGCAGUUAAGUUGGGAAUAACCCGUGCCUUGUGAUAGGUUGUUAUCUUGCUCUCCAAGGCCAUUCAUAUUUUAUGUGACAGCUUGGUGAGAGCCGGACUCACCAGGAGACACAACUACAGGCAGUUUACAAACUAAUGAGCAGAGUUAUCUGCCAGAGGAGCUGAGCGUCAUCAUGUCUGUAUCGACUGUCAGGUCAGCGGGGAAAAAACACACACACGUACACACACACACACAUAUACUCACACACACACACGCCCGAUGCUGAAUUGGGAAAUAAUGUGGCCAAAACAAAAGAUGGCUUGGAAAGGGGGCCACCGCAGAGGUGGCUCAUUACUGCUGGAGUCAGAGGGAGCAUGGGCGCUGAGGGAGGCGAGGAUAGACAAAGUUCAGGAAGGAGGGAUGCUGAAGGAGGAGAAAGAGGAGACAGAUGGAGUGGGGGGGGGGUGAUGGCAGCCUUGAGAGCAGCAGAAACUCGGCGAGCGAAGACGGCAGCGAGGGCAGGAGGGAGCGAGGUGAGUGAGGGAUGGACCCAGAUGUAGGGGGGCGGUGUUUGAAGGAUGGAUGGAUGGAUGAAGAGGAAGGAGCAGUAAUUACAGGCUUUGUUGUACAGUUGGAGAGAUGGAGGAGCGGCUUUUUCAGCACCGCCACUCUGCAUUAACCCAGAGGAAUGAAAUAUUCAGCCAUUAGGCCUCUGCUGAAACACACCCAGAGCCCGGGCUCAUCCAACAUUUACACCCCGUUCAUGUUCUAUUCAUUACGAGAGGGCCUAUUACAUAUAAUCAUCUUUUUGGUUUAGUUUGUUCUUCAAGACACACUCAGACACUUAUUUUUAUCUGUAAAUGCAACACUGCCUCUGAGCGUGGAGGUGAGAGUGGCGAGUCAAUACUGCCUCCAAUUAGGUCUCGAAAUCAUUGGUAAACAUUGCCUGGGAUUUGAUUUUCUCAGACCACACAGAGGGAUGAAAUGCUUUCUUCCCCCCUGUUUGUGUUUUUUUCUCCUUUUAGAGUCAGAAGUAACAACCGUGAACCGCUGCCUGGAUGCUGCCAAGGCCUGUAACAUCGAUGAGACGUGUCAGAAGCUUCGUACCGAGUAUGUCUCGUCCUGCAUCCAGCCCUCGGCCCGCUCGGGGCCGUGUAACCGACCAAAGUGCAACAAGGCGCUGAGGAAGUUCUUUGACCGGGUUCCCCCUGACUACACCCACGAGCUGCUGUUCUGCCCCUGCACUGACACGGCCUGUGCAGAGCGCCGCCGGCAAACCAUCGUGCCCUCCUGCUCCUACGAGGACAAAGAGAAGCCCAACUGUCUGGCCCAGCUGCGGAUCUGCAAAGCGGACUAUGUGUGCAGGUAGGAAUUAUGAAUGUCGGACAUGAUUAAGUCUUCUGGACAGCAAAGGGUUUCUGAACUAUUCUCUAACCAAACAGAGAAAACCAAGUGUCAAUGCUAACUUUGGCAACCAACAAACAACCUUAAAGGCGGGUAGUCAGGAUCUGAGGAAGUUCCAGUUUUUGGGAGAAAUCUUGGAUGUAAACUCUACCCCUCCCAACCAGUUUCUCCACCUCUCCCCUUCCUCUCUGCUCCAUCAAGCCCUGCCCACAAACAGACGCUCCUGCUCGCUCGUAUCGUUCCAAUUAAAUUCAGAUAUAAUGCAGAUAAAUACUUCAGAUCAUUACAAAUGGGGCCCAGUCAAGGUGAAAGUAAACAGCAUUGGUGCUACUGUAGAUGCCAACAGACUACCAGCAAACACAAUGUUUGCAGGACUUCUACAACGAGGAUAAAGUGACAUAGUCCAGGACCCGAGGUCGACAGUUUGGCGAUGGCGCUACAACACGCUACAGCAGGUCCGUUUAACAAGAAACACUUCUGUUACAGACACUUGACUUACUUUGUUAAAGAGGUUUACCUGUCCAGCAGAAAGGUUACAGGGUCGGUAAGAUCCCCAACGACCCCCAUCGUUUAUGUUGACCCGGCGUUUUAGCUCUUGUCUGGUCUACCUCCUCUUUAAGCGCCCGUUAUUCCUCCAGAGUCUCCGGUAUUUACUUUGUUUUCUUGCUUGUGUCGGCAGUCGUGGCCAAAGGAGGAUUCAGACAAUUUUCCGAACUUUCUGGUUGGUUUCUACUGUCAGAUAUUGUAGCACGCUAACUUUGUUUGGGCUCUUGAACGACACGGAGGAGCAGCGUCUGCCUCACAAUCAAUCAGGUUAGAGGAGGUGGAGAACGGCUUUGUUUACAGUCAGAAAGAGCAGGCUGUUAAAAAAUUUUUAAAUGUUGACUACACAGACAUGGCAAAACACAGGGAUAUCGUUAUAUUACCAAAUCUCAUCAAUAACUAAUAACUAUUGACUGAUAAUAAAAGCUUUUUUGUAAAAACACCACAAAAAAAGAUGCUUCUUUAACAGAAUCCUGCCCACCCCAACGUUUAAGGUGCCAUCUUAAUUUUCUUUCACCAGGCACUAGUUCAAAUUACAUCAGGCGUUUUGUUUCAUAUCAUAACACAAUGUUUACAAAAACGGCUUGAGACUAGCUCAUACAGUUAUCGUAACUCCUGGGUGCUUAAAUGCUCUGAUCUACCUAGAUCUAGAGACAAAUUCAAGUAUCUCCUCAGACUCCAAGUUACGUCUUAUGCUCUACACCUCCUCUUUGUCUAGACUUUUUUGUCGUACAUAGCAUUUUCCUAUGAGCAUUUGGCUAACUAGCUUGCUAACUGAUAGUUUGCGCAGUUAGCUAGCUCAAAUGUUUUCGUCUUGCUCAGUUGUAAGUUACCAGCUCGUCCUGAUUCACCAAAAUUCAAGUAUCAAACUUCUUCCUCUGUAGCGAGCUUUAACAGUAAGUUACCGUAAAAUUCAGCAGGAAUUAUAACUUACGAACUUGGGUCUUUUCUUUUGAAGUUCGUCAGUAGAAGCGAGUGUCUUUAAUCGAAUCACACCAGCGUUAAGUUCCUCAUUAAUUAUUUUGUUUAAAGGGUCGUCCUGCCGCGCCGACUGUCCCUCAGGACAAUAAAUGGCGUUGUGUUUCAUGGCGGAUCCGUCUGGCCAGUAUAAUAUGCUCAUUUAGAUUCAAUUAGUCAGCUGUGUUUAAUGAAUUCAAUUGUUAUCCUCAUUAACCAUGUUUAAUUAGUUCAGUUAAAAUCUGUAUUCAUUUUCUAAAGGGAGCAGCUAGGCAACAAGCAGCCCUGUGAAAUAGUCAUUAUUAGAGCGCCGCUUAUCAUCGGGGAUUCACACAUGACUCUCCUGCCAAAGUGCUGUGGAAAUAUUUAUUAAUGUGCAGCCGAGGCAUCAUCAGGAUCAGUAAGUAGUUUUCAAAACACUGACCCUGUGUACAGAAGGAGUUAUUUAAAUAAGAAUAUCUAAUCAGCGUGAAAUCUUUCAUAAAAGAAAAGAAAGAUUCGGAUUGAUUGUAGACGUGCAAUCAGAAAACUAACAACGUCUAAUGAGGUUGUUAAAAUUCAAAGGGUGCGAGUCUGUCUAUCACUGGAGACCAAAAACAUGGAGUUCUCAUAGCGAUCCUGUCAGCCCUCCUCUCUCUCUCUGACAGCGAACGGUCGCUCGCGUUUAAUCAAGUUCCUCUUCGAAUGUCAGAAAGACAAAGGGCUUCAUCUGUCACGGCUAUCGAUCAGGCAUCAUUCCCCGCCGCUGCCCCCGAUGGAUGGAGUAUCUCAAGGCCCCUGUGCAGCCUGCCAAUCCUGCACCAGUCAUCCGGCAUUAACUGGCAGCCUGCAGAGGAUGCCUCCGCUCAGAGCGCGGCCUAUGAGUUCUACGUCGACAUUAUAAUGACAUGACAAACGAGGGGAGAGCGGGGAGUUGCGUUGCCCUAGGGGGAUCCUGUUACAAAUGCCAGUCGACGGCAGCCGAUGAUGCGGCGUGAUGGGCGCCGUAGCCUUGCACGAUCAUAGUGAUGAUGACGAUGAUGGGGUUAGCUGGCAGGAAAGGUGAAGGAGGGAAAGCAGAGCGGUGGUGGGAGGACGUAUUUCUAUGGAAGAUCCAUAUUUGUCUAAUCUGCUGGCUGCCCGGCCUGCCAGACAGUGCCCACGGUAUUUAGAGAGCAGAGCCAAGGCCUUUCUGUGCCCCUCAUUGACUCUUUACAGCCUGGCAGCCGUCCAUGAGCCAACUUUCUUGGGAAAGUGAGGAAAGAAAAGAAAGAAAAAGAAGGAUGAAUGUCACUUAGGGUGACUGGGGCGCUGCAGAGCGGCGGAUCUUGAAAGUUGGAGGGAGUUGAUGUAGGAGUAUGGGUAGGCAGAUGAGCGUUUUGGGUUUGCACAUCCUUUCAGGCCACCCCUCGGUGUCACGAUGCGAGCAGCAGCCAAGUAAAUGAUGGAUGGCGUGUUAUUGCUCCCACAGGUCCCGCUGGGCGCAGUUCCAGUAUGACUGCCAACCUUCGGAGGACAGCGCCAGUGGCUGCAAGCAGGAGAACUACGGAGCGUGUCUUCUUGCAUACACCGGCCUGAUAGGUAAGAAUUCGGUCCGUCUCCAGAGGUCUUCAUCUGUCAGGAAUGAUGGGCCAGAGCCGUAAUAGAUCUGGGGCAUUAGUUUGAAAACCCAACUGGACUAUAGAUUCUUUUGAAAAGUAUCUGAGUUGUUUUCGCCCAAAGAUUUCUCAGACUUGACUUGUUGAACGUCCUUCAGAUCAAACAGACUGAUUCUCCCUGUUGCGUCUAAAAUCGUCAUUUUAUUGAUGGUUUUAUACGCAACAUAUAAGUUCUAGUAUACCGUUAAUCUACCACAGAACAGGAUAAUUUGCUCAUGUCGUUCGAGUCUUCUGAUCAGUGUUGAUUUUCAGUAAAGAAACUGACGCCUACGACUCAUCAUCAGCCUUUUCCAUCCUGACAAAGAUGCUAAAAAUGUAUGAAUGAUGUGAAAAUCUCAAACAAAUCCACGUUGAGUUUCAGUUAAUGUAAUGAGACAGGAGUAAAAUGUUCGAAACUCUUGAAACGUUUCCCUGCUGUGCCUCAAAACUAUCAAAGUAAGAGCAAAUAAUCUCUGCAGCAGUCUGAGCAAAGUGACUCGACCAAAGAUUUUUGAGUUUUCAUCAGCGAAACAGACAAAAAUUAGUCUUCUAACUCUUGGAAAAGUCACUUACUUUGUAAAAACAUACUUUUAUUUCUCCGGUUGUCGUAUUUUCGCGGCCUGUCAUUUACAUUUUAAUGGUAUUGCUCAGUUAGACGCUCUGUCGUGCCCUUUUACCCUUUUGCCCUUUUCCUUUUAAUGUGUAACGUUCCUGUGCAGCGCUGCGUGACUCAUCCCUGUGGGAGUGCUUUAUGAACACAUUUACCUCAUGUUGGAGAAGAGAGACACACAGAACCGAAACAUACCGGAUCAGAACACAACUUUCAAAAAUAUGUUUAUGUUAAUGCUGUCAAAUAAUAAAAAAUUCAAUCAGAUUAAUCGCAGGGUUGCCGUAGAUUAAUUGCGAUUAAUCGCGAUUAAUCGCGAUUAAAUAUGUUUCAUUUUUAAUCGAUAUUAACUGGGUUUCAUUUUCAAAAUCAGAAUCACUUUAUUGAUUCCAAACUGGGAAAGCUUUUUCCUAGUGAGCCAAAAAAAUAUUUAAGAAUAUAAGAAAAGACACAUAUCAAGAAUUACCCAAACAAAAAAUAUUUAAAAAAUAUAUCAGUAUAUACAACUUGCAUUUUCCCAAAACUUUCUAUACACUAAAGUACCACUCCGAAGUUUUUACCAAGAACUGGGUUACCUGUGUUAUUUUCAAGGGCUUUACUUUUGCUGAACUCAAGUAGAUCAUUAGCAAUUCGCCUCUGAGUCGUGGGCGACGUUUGGGUCUGCCGCAGAUUUACAGUGAUUUGAAUGAAGAAAAACUCAGAAAUGCAAUUUUGCAUGUAGUUUUCUCAUGAUUUGUCCUGUAGCAUCAGAAAAAUAACAUAUGAACACAUAAAAAAACAAGAAAAACAUGAUUUUCAUCAGAGUGGGUCUUUAAAUACAGAAUAUAAUACUUAUUGGGCUUUUCAUGCUAUAAUUUGAAAAAAGAAAUUAUGCGUUCAAUUAUGCACAAAGAGACUCAGUAAGGAAGGGGAUAUAAAUGCACUUAACAUGUUAAUCAAACACCAAUGCUUUGUGUCAAUGUGGUAUUUAAAGCUGGAAGUGCUUCAGUGAAAAGAAAACUCCUUCCUGCAGAGUGUGAAUAAUACUUAAUGCUGGUCGACUGUUUUAGUUUUCAUACUUACAUUUCUGAUGGAGAGGGCCAGUGUGCUGUUUAGCGUCUUCCAAAUUGAGUUGUUUGGUUCUGCAGCCCGUUAUUACCAGAUCAACUGCCCGUUUGCUCAUAAGUGAUGGUAACUUCACUUGGACAAACUGUCUGAAAUGCAUCACCAGAGAUGUUUUUUUCAGGGACUUUAAGUCAUUCUGAUAUUUGUCUUCAUAUUUGACCCUUUUUGUCACUUUUUCUGUCGUUGUUAAAGGACCUGGGAUAUACCGGCGUAGAAUGAAGUUAGGGUCAAACACACAGUAACACCGAGUUAGACACCCCGUCGAGAGAUGAAUGUUGCCGACCGCUUGCUUCUCUAGUUAUACCAACUUUAGUAACGACCGCACUAUAGCAAUACAGAGGGCCACGCGCUCAAGACCUCCGGGUGAGUCCAUUAUAGACUACAGCGGGGUGACGCAGCUCAAGGAAGAACAUUUAUGAUCAUUUCUUCAUGGAAAUUCAAUCAGACCGAGACGCUAAGGCAGAAGAACUACCGCGUCUGUGGAGCAAAGUGAUUAAUAUGAUGAUUAUUACUUUAAGCAAAUGAUAAAGAAAUUAUCAUAAAUGUUCUUCCUUGAGCUGCGUCACCCCGCUGUAGUCUGUAAUGGACUCACCCGGAGGUCUUCGUACAAACAAGCGGCUGCUGGAAGAGAGUAGGUGAGUUGUGUUAAGUCUCUCUGUUAAAGAAAUGAGUCAAAGUUAAAAAGAUGUUUGGUGUCUAGUACUAUGGCUGUGACCCUAUAUGUCCUGUUGAUGAAGUUAGGUGCUGUUCUGAGCAUUAUUUGUGGCUAUAGAGUGGCGUUUUGGUUGAGGUUUGUUUAUGGCUCCUCAGACCGCUGUGUAUUGCUAUCCUGCGGUCGUUACUAAAGUUGGUAUAACUAGAGAAGCAAGCGGUCAGCAACAUUCAUCUCUGGAGGGGGUGUCUAACUCUGUGUUACAGUGGUUUUGACCCUAACUUAAAUUUACGCUGGAAUAUCCCUUUAAAUUGAAUCACACCGUCACGGCCUGCUCCCAAUAGUUCACCUUUGUUUCUGUUUCACCAUGAAAUAGAUAAAAUCCAUCUCUCCUGCUUCCGCUGAUUCACCUCACACUCUGACUUUAAGAGUUUAGAUUUAAGAUUUGAAUAUUAUACCACAAGUUAAAUGCACAAUGCUCAGUUUUUCUGUCAGUUAAACUGAUGUAAAUGAUGAAAACUGGACCCCAAAAAAAAUCAUAAUAAAAAUCUUGACCGGUCACCAGUCCUUGCAUUUUAAAGACCUCUCUCUUUCUCUGCCAGCUCUGGCUCACCCACCUCCUGUGAUGGAUGGGGAAGAAAUAGGGUUUCAGAGAGGAGGGGGGAGGCGGAGAGCAGACAAGAGCUCUGAACAGGACUCCAAAGAAUGAAUCAAGGAUUGUGAUGAGAAGCGUGGUUCAGCAAUCGAUGGAGCGCUGAUUAAUGUGGCUGCAGCAUGAGCCGGCCAAGUCGUUGGCAUUAUAAGUAGUGCAAUUACAACUAUUGACCGCUGUUUUGUGAGAAUUAUCCUUGACGUGGUGAUGAGUGGGUGCCGGCGGAGGCGUAGAGCGUGGCUUGUUGUACUUGUGAUAAAAACUUCGCCAAAGAUCACACAAUGCACAAAAGGUUGUUAAAAACCACUCGGUUUAAUGUGUCAUUAUAGGGCAACAGUGCCGCCCUGAACUGCUGCGAAAAGAGCAAAAAGAAAACGAGGUUGUUUGGUUUGCGAGGGACUGGAGAAGACAGAUUAAGGGAGAAAGGGAGAGAAAGCUUUGCAGCGGUGAUUGGCCGUUCUAGACAACUGAAGUAGAAGUGAGACGCUGAGGUGUUGUUGUUUGGAAGUCUGGGACCUGAAAAAUCGAUGGAGGUGAAUCAGAACUUUUUUUUUUUUUUUGCCCAGUGCCUCAAAGUGCAGCAAUUCUGUUUCCCACAUCUUUUUAAAGAAGAAUACAAGCUACAAGGCUAUAUUACCCUUCCCCGAAAAGUGACUUCCCAAUCAUUUCAUGCUGAAAGCUCCAAAGGCAGAAGAAAUAAAAAGAAAGAAUACACCUGAGAGACUUCUGCUGCGGCGCCUGAACUCUGCCCCGCAGGCUGCAGCACUUCACCAAACUGUCCGGCUCCGCAUGUCAGAAAAACCAGAGAACAACCGCUGCUGCGCUCGCGGUCUGAUCUGCUGUAGCAUCAAAUGAGGCGCUCCGACUGAUCAUAGAGGGGAAGCUGUGCAUGAAAGCGUCUCCAUUUCUCUUUUUAAUGCAGAAAUAUAAUAAAUGCAUCCACACGGGGACUCACAUUUCAAAAUAAUUGCCUGUCAGGCACUAUCAGAGUAUUUUUAGCAAAUGUUUGUGUUUUCUUCUCCCAGACGUUACUCUGAAAGCUGGAAAUAAACACAGCCAAGUCUUCUUCUUUGUGGCUCCUUUAUGUCAGGCCCUGUCAGGAGUUGGGAUUGAACCAGUUUGAUCAGCGGGCUGCUUAACUAACCUGUCAGUCUGUGUCUCUGUUCACUCUGCUUUCAUCUCCUCUUCCUAUUAAACUCAUCGCUCUGUCUUUUUCAGGGAAUACAUUUAAAUGCACGGUAAUAACUCUCUCUAAACCUGAUUAGAGGAUCGCUGCGAGAAUGGAAAUUGCCAUGUAAACACCUUAAUUUGAUUAUCAUAAUCAUGGUAAGGUCAUAAUCAGGCUAAACGUAAUGAGAUUAAAUCAGGCAAUUCUCCGCUCAGACAUUUUUAUUUGGAGAGACAGUCGGCUCCACGUUUCUUUAUUUCAAACUUUUAUUGUGAUGAACUGUUAACAGAGGAAAAAAAGGCUCAAACGGCCCGAGGAGGCAAAGGAUUAUCUUCAAAAACAGAAGAAAACAAGGGAAAGUUUGAUGGUUUACUUAAAUAAAAGGAGGGCUGAUUCUUAUUUAUGUAAACCAACAGUCAAAUUACAACUCCAGAACCAGAAAAACACAGACUCAGAGUAAAAAACUAAAAUGGACACACGUUGGCUAAUCAUUUAAAACCUAUGAUUAAUUAAAAAUAGUGCAAAGACAAUAAGUUGAAUGUUAAAAAUACAAAAUUUUAUCUUUGUUUUUUGGAUAUGAUAAUUUUAAAUUCGAUGUUAGAAAAGCAUUUUUAAAAAGUCAUAUGAUCAAAGAAGCUCUGAAAAUGUUUUAAAUGUGCUUAAAAAAAACAGCUGCAGGAAAAAAUCUCAAAUAAUUAAGUAAAUUUUAAAAAUGUGUUCCUGAAAUACCAAGUCUGUCUCAGUAGGUACAAAAGUUCACUGCGCUGUGAGAAACUGCGUGAGCAAAGAGAUCAACAAUUUCAGAAUAAAAGUCCUGAGCGUAAACCAGCAAAGAAUUUAGAGAUUUUAUCAUUUUCAGUUCUUAAUAUCAAGAACAGAUCCAGGAAAUUUUAUCACAUUUUUUAAAUUAUUUAUCACUAACCUAUUUGUUCACUUCUUAUUUAUCAAUUAAUACAUUUUUUUUUAACUUUUAGUUUGUAUGUAAUUACUGUCUUGCUUUCUUAUUGAUUAACUUACUUAUACUUAUUUAUUUAUUCAUUUAAAAUAGACAUGACUCUGUAGUGGAAGUCACUGCAUGGGCUAAAAAUAACAUCCUAAAACUGUUUCGGUGCUUUUAUUUUGAAAUAUAAGCUACUUCCAGUCUAUCAAGGUCACAGAACUGAAUAAAGAGUGACAAACUCAACAUACGCAAUAAAACUUUGAGUAUCAGUUUUUAAAAGUGUCUCAUCAUCCCUCAGAGAGCUGCUACAGUUAGCUUGCUAGCAGCUGUUGCUUCUUCUUCUAGUGGAAACAAACGUAAAAGAUCACUGCUCAGAACUCACAAUGUAGCUGUACGCUUGUUUUCAGCAGAUGUCUAUAUUUUUUUCAACAAUUCUACUCAGCAUCCCAACUUCUUGAGGAUUAAGACUGUAGUUUCUUGUGAACACUCUAAGAGGUUUUAUAACUCGCACCGCUGUGUGCUCUGUGUCUCCGUCUCCCCGCAGGAAGCACGAUAACUCCCAACUACCUUGACAACUCCACAUCCAACGUGGGACCGUGGUGCUCAUGUGCGGCGAGCGGCAACCACAGGGAACAGUGCAACGACUUCCUCGUGUUUUUCCACGACAAUAUCUGCCUGAGUGAGUAACAGCUGCAAGGAGACACCUCUGGCAACUCAGUAACAAUAACAACCCUGAACCGGGACAAGAGUGGGAAUUAAUGAACCAGAAUAGUCGGAGAAACUUCUGCAGCGCAAACAGCAAGUAGCACAGCAGUCGGGUUUAACCCAGUUAGAGAGUCGUUACAUUAGCUGCUCCAGUUUGAAAUCUGUUUUGUGCACAAAUUAAAAAAUCUAUAAUGUCACUAACAAGGGUUUAACUGUUUGGCCACACAUGUAGAAGACAUGAGAAGGAGAUGUUUCACCAGGUGUUCAAUUUGGGGUUCAGUGACUCGCCCAAGAAUACCUCUGCAUGUAGACUGAAGGAGCUGGGAUCAAACCGCCAACCUCCAGAAUGACUCACCAUGUCACCGAGCCACAGCAAACACCCCCCAACCCCGACCCAUCCCCAGUGCGUACACUGUCAUGCAUGUCUUGUGCACAUCUCAGCAAAUGUUGUUUUCUAUCUCCAGGGCCUCCAUACUCUCGAUAAUAUUCAAAUUCUGUAAAUUUGCACCCAGGACUGCAACACAUGUAUGGCCAAGAGGGUUAGAAGUAAUGGCACAGUAAAAGGCAUUAUAUAGAUUACAAGGAAACUGCAGACGAAGCAGUUUGUUUUUGAAGGCAUCCUCAGCAUGUGCAGUUUUAAAGGGGAAGUGUUUGUCACUUCCAUUUCUAAUAUCUAUAAAUUUACACUUUUGCAGUCCAGUGUGAGACUUUAGAGAAUCAUGCAAACAAGCUCAGAGGUCAUAAAAGAAAUAAUCUAAUUAAUACUUAAUGUAGUAAAAGACACGUCUUGUAUUUGAUUUGCUGUUUCAGGUGAGAUUGUUUGAUCUGCUCUGUUUUUAAAGUGGAAAUCAGUUCAUUUAAAUCCCCAGUUAGCAGGUUUGAACUCCGUAUCAAACACAUUCAGAUUUACACUCAUUUCUCUCUUCGGACUCCAAAAGUAAACUAGACCUCUAGAAACAACAUCACCACUUUAAUAUACAGUAUUUUCAAAAGCUCGUAACUGCUGCUGCAGAAAAGGAGUCAGAAGAGCAUCUGAAAUAUAUUUGUUAUUCUGUUGAUCAAAUAUUGUAAAUGACAACCAACAAUUUCAGGAAGAUUGAGAUGUCAAAAACAUUUUCAUGAACUGAAAUACACUUUAAAAAAAAAGAGGCUUUACAAAAACACACCGAUUCAGAAUAUUGACUGAAAAGAAUCGAUACUGGCCCUGAAAAAGUUUGAAGAAAAGCCUUUUCACACAUGUAACACUCGAGUUUUCAGGACCUCUGACGGUGCAGUUUUACAUGAUGUUGCAUCAGAAAUAUGCUGCAGAAGUAGGACACAUAGUAACAAUGAUCUACUGCAAAAUUACAUGCCUAAAUAUCCAGAUAAUGUCGGGUGAAACUUUCGGUUGUUUGCGUUCACACAUGCAACACGCAAUUUUCUUAGGACGGUGCAGUUUACCAAAGUCGCUUGCAUGUUACAUGAGGUUGCAGAGUCAAAGUAACAAUGACCUACUUACAGUAUGAUUACAUGCUUUAAUGUCGGGGUGAAACUUUCGGUUGUCCGUGUUCACACCUGCAGCCUUACCAGAAAAUUUUGAGACAUUUUUAGGCGUAGCAGUGACAUUAGAAACCGGCCAAAUCAAAGAAGUAAGGUUUACCAUCUGUCUGAAAGAAACCCCUAUUAGAGGUGUGCAUCUUCAAAGUUUAGGUUUUGAGAGCUUUAUAACUUCUAAAACUGUGAACCGAGCUGUCGUCCGUGUUUUUGACACGCUGACAUUAAAGAUAUAUGAGUCCUCACAGCUCCAGCAGAAGGCAGCCAUCAAUUAAACAAUAUUUAGACCCAUAACCCCAAAUUAAGAUGUCGAUGCUGUCCUCCUUUUUUAAUAAGACGGACAGAGAAACUGACAGCGCAUCUUGCCCACAUUGUCUCGCUGACAGAUCCUCUCUGGACCACCACUUAGUUUCAUUUCUCAGUCUCUUCUGGGAUGACAGAAAAGACGACCGAGUCACUCCCUCUCUAUCUGUUUACUCCGGCCGUAUUAAUUUAUAUCUUUGCACAAAUACGACCAGCAGACAAACAUCCCCCCUGAGUGAUGCCGGCUGGGACAGACCGCUGACAUUAAUGAAACUCUACAGCUGUUGGCACGUACAAAUGGAUUUCCACAUUUAAUAUCCGAUUGUUUAGAUUAUUCUGGGAAAUGUAUCACAGCAGGAAAAACGAUUGAUGAUAAUAGAGAGGCCUGAAACGAUCAAACAGAGACAUCAGCGGCUGAUAAACUGCUGCUGAUGUUAGCGAAGGAUUAUCCCUCAAUCCGCUGAGUCUUUACCUUUUGUUGUAGCUUUUAUUCAUCCAACAACAACAAAACAGCUGUGAUGAUAGGAGAUCAUCCCUCUGAAUGAGUGAUAGUGCCGCUGACACCAGAGUGACACCAGUGACAAAGUGAUACAAACUGUGGCUGCUGCUGGUGACAGAGCAGACACUGGAGUUUAUUCGGGGUUAUUAUUUAUUUUAACAAUAAUAGAAGACUCCUCCUUAGAGAAGCUGUCAGACCAAUGACGCCGCUGACAGAGCAAAGUCAGACGCAGCUGCUGUCAUCUGAACGUCGGUGUUUGAGGAGUUUACUUCAAUUAAACACGACCUUUCUUCAUGCAGCUUUGGACCCUGAUCUUUCUGACACAUUUGACGCUUUCUGGCACCGUCACAGGACCAGGAAGGGGGUUAAAGGGGUCAGUCCACCGCUGUGAGGUUGAAAAUGACCUUCUUAGCGCCUUUCCAGUUAGCUGGCUGAUGUUUUUAUACUUUUAGUCAAAAAUUAAAAAUAUUUUAGUCUUUCUUUUUACAUAAAUUGUCACCUGUCCUUCAAAAAGUUCAGAAUUUAAAUUAAGUUUGCACAAGUCUUUAAAUCUGUGAUUUUUUUUUUUACCAAACUUGUCUCUUUACUCUCUAAACUGCCUGAUUGUGAUUAUGUUUACACGUGCCCUGCUAUUUUCAAAAACGGACAUUUAACCCUCUCUGUUUACAGAGAAAAAACUGUGCACGUGACUAAAUUUAUUAGAAAAGUUUUCGUUUACACUAAACUGUGUAUAAAUGCAGUCAAAAGCAUGCCAAACCUGUAGGUGGCAGUGUGGCGAGAAGCUCAAGCCCACGUUAGCCAAUCAGAAUCCCACAUGGCAGCAGCAACAACAGCGUGCCUUACUUCUUUCCGGUGCACAAUCUUCUGUAGGCUAACCAAAUCGCUGUUUUUCUCUGUUUACAUGCAAAUGGAGUUUUCCAAAAUCUCUACUGUGGGCGGAGUUUUUUAAAAACAUCGUUUUCAGGGGCAAAUUCUACGUUUGUGUUUAAUCGAAGGGUGCAAACGAUGGUUAAUGACUCCAUUUUUAAAAUUAACCGGCUACAUGUAAAUGGGGCGUCAAUUGAUCUAUAAACUCCUACUGGUCCAGAACCGUGCAGCCCAAUUUCAUGACUCUUCUUCUCACCUUUAAAGGGAUACUUCAGUGUUUUUUAGGUGAAGUUGAAUGAGUUACAUGUCAGCAAACAGGAUGACCCUUUUAGCGGUAGAAACAUGACACAAGCUAGGCUACAGUUUUCUACAGACAGAUCCGACUCUGCUAAAUUUAGAGACUCUGGUUCGAUCACUGAUCUCAGUUUAAACGCAAACUCUACCCUGACAUUUACCUGCACUAACUUUGUUUUUGCACUGUUUGCUCUUCUGCUUGCUGCAGGAUCAGCUCACCUGGUCUAGGAUGUACCAUUUACUGAUAUAUUAUGAAUAUAGGGAACACAGUCUGUCCACCAUUUGUUACUGUGCAGACUCUAUGUCUCCACAUGAUGUUAAUAACACAAUCGGGACACAAGACGGUCAAGCUGUUUGCAAUAAUAACUCAUCAGGGAGAGGAUUUUAAUAUAUGAAUGUGUGAGUUUAUCAUGAGGGUUAUUUUGUUCAUGUUUUGCACUCUGAUUGAAAACUACUAAUUAUUAUUUUACAACCAAUAAAUAAUAAAAAAAAUGUAGAGGACCCUUCAAACUCAUGAUCCCAGCUCUCUGUCUUUUCCUUCCUGUGACGCAAAACUGACAUUGACUGAAAAAAGCUGAUCUUCCUUUAAGUUUGUAUAAAGAAUAAAAAUGAUUUUGAACUUUGUAAGGAGCCACUUCCAGACAAGGUUAUUUAUUAAUAUUAUUAAAAAAUUGAACCUUCAAGUUGCACUUAAAGUCUCCCUUCUGCUCCAGACCCGUCAGUGAACAGAACUGCCAAAAGAAAUUAAAUUAAUUUGAACUUAAAGUCAAACAAAAUUAGACAAAAGUGCACCACCAAACAGAAACAGGGAGCAGAAAUGUUUGGCUGCAGAUGACAGAUGAAAUAGUUUCAUUUUUUUGACAGUGAUUUGUAAUCAUUUUAGAGAGCUCGGUGAAAAAAAGAAAAAACGAUGGCAUCAAGGUUCGACUUUAGUUUCAUUACAGUGUUGUGAGUUUUCAAUUGCCCCGUCAUUAAAAUGCAGAGACUGUAAACAAAGCCAAACCAAAGAAAAAAAAACACGUAUUCUGGCAGUUAAAUCCCCCAAACAUCACUGACUACAAGAGGACACCCAAAAAAUCUCUGGCAGAAACCCACCACACAGCACUGGCAAAUUAAAACAAAUACUAAUUAAAAAGUCCAUCUUCCCUUCUUUUCCAGGCCUUUGUGGAAAUUUUGCAAAUUAAACACUAUAUAAUUAAACAGUGGCUCUGGUUUUAGCUCAUCAGGAUAGCAGGAGUGCUUCAGGGUUCAGUGAAAAUGUUUCACAGACCACCAACUCUCUGAAUCCUCAUCAUUUGUUCAUCAAAACAAAAUAAGUAGGACUCACUUUUCAGAUCAGACUACUUUCUCAUCAAAUGUUGUUUUUCUUUUAUUAUUUUGUUUUGAAGUUUUCGUUCAAGGACUUUCUGCUUUUAAACAUCAACCUCUCAUCAGGACAGACUCGCUCAAGUGCCUGUUACUUUGCAUCGCUUCAAUCUCGACCCGACGUAUGAUUCAAUCUGAGAUCAUCUGGGGUCGUCUAGCGAUGUCUAAAAAUACAGAUCUAAUGCCGGAGAUCAGAGACUCGGUUUGAAGAGUUUUUGUAACUUUUCAAAGCAGACUGUUCGACUGUUACCUUCGGGAUGCAGCGACUGGUGCGAGAUACAAAGAAGAGAAAGGGUUGAACUUCUCAUUUUUCACCUGAUACGGUCACAUUUGAGAGACGCUUUUAAAGAGACACUGAGAGAGUGUCAUGAUCUUCAGUCCUUAAAUUCAAUGAGUCGAGACCAGAAGACAUAUAGACGCCAUAGAACCCUUGGAUAGAGAUCAGGGAGGCAGUUUGAUGGCGCCUAAAGGAGGCGGUUUGACACAGCGGGCUCUUCACCCCCGCCUGAAAGUACGGCCAUUUAAAACUGCUUUAAACCCCGCUGUGAGGAGACGUCGUCAGGCAACCCAUCAUGCAAUCCAGUUUGCUUCAAGCGUAUCAAUCUGUUCAUUGUCCCCCUUAAAGGAAAUGUAGCAGGAAGAAGUGGAUAGAAAUGCUAUUUACAACAUGCAUCAGGUUAUAAAUAUCAAGAUGAGGCAGUCAGGAUGUAUGUGACCUCUCAUGAAGAACAGCAGGGAAACAAAUCAAACCGAGGAGCUGAGAGCAGCAAAGGGAGAACAUGCCAACGGGAAAACUGGGAGUUGAUUGAUGAACGAUCUGCAGAACAGCGCCGGGAAAGUCCCGCAUUCGAACACCGCGCUGACAACGAGAUGAGUGGUUUCUCUCUUCUGAUUGGAGGAGGGCACAGCGUCCAUGAUUCACAAAAAAAUGAAAAAAAACAAAGGGAAGUUUUUCACUUCGCCUCUGUCCACUUUAUAGCUUUAGUGCGUAACUUCUAUCGCCCCCUGGAGGAUUUCUGCAUUAUUACAAUGAUACAGCUGGUCCCUCAAUAUGACGUAUGGCCCCGGAGUAACACUCACGACUCACCGCACUUUGUUCAUCACAAUACAUGGACUGUAACUACGCUACUGAAGUUACUCAUCACGGCACACAGACUACCUUGUAACUUCCUGCUCGUUAGGCUAACGUUACACAAUGAGGCGAACACCAGGAUGCUAACAAUACAUGACAUUCAUCGCACCAUUUCCAAGAAAAUAAUAAAGUAGUCAGUCCAGCAACAGUCACCUACUUUUUCAGCAGUAUCAAGGCGACAUCGGGGUCGGACCUCAGUCCAGUCGAGGAAAAGCGACGCCGUCGUAAAUCCGUCUUCUCCAUUUGUCACUCUCUUUCUUUGCCAACAUACCUUCUCCCGAACAGGAAGGCUUUUUCUUUCUUCUUUCUUCUUUCUUCUCGUUGUCGAGUAAAACCAAGUAGAGCGCGUCAUUUCCUAGUGCAGGAAUGUCAGCCCCCAAAAACCAAAUAGAAAAAGAACAAUGACUGAAUUAGCGUCGUAUCAUUUUUUAUUUGGUGAAUUAUUCCCUUUCAUUGACAGGACAUGCAGCAUAUGGUCAGGGCCGGACUCAAACCCACUACCCUUUGUAGUUGCUUUGGUGAAACAGACAUUUACAGACACGUAGAAGUUACACACUAUAGCUUUAAAUAGACUCAACGAAGCUGCGAGCAUUUGUUUAUGGCGUCUUCUUAACCAGCUGUGAUUUGAAGCUCAUGCGGGGAUUUCCACUACAGAGUCACGUCUGUUUCUGAUGCGUUCCAUGUUUCGUUUUCUGCCUUGUACCUUUUGUUCAGAGAUUUUACUGAUAGUUUAAACUGUAGAUGAGUGAUCGAUCGUCCCAGUCCUAAUUCUUCCUGAAACAUGUUCAAAAUGAGGGCGAAUGCUCCAGUUUUAACAUGAAAACCUGCUGUCUCUGCAGUAUUUUUAGUCAAAUACACAGUUUAAAUAAUUCUCUAACACCAAAACAUGUUUGUAUCAACAGUUAACUCAGCAUCCUCUCUCUUUUUGAGUUGUGAUUUUACGAUUUCAGAGCUCUUUUUAACCCGGUUUGAAGAUGUGGGCCUGUCAUGCAUCAUUCAGUGACUUAUUAAAAUGCUUCUGCUACACAUGAGAAAAGUCUGGACGGCACAUCAAAUAUACAUCUCCCUAUCACGAGUUAAGCCUCCCAGCGUAGUCACAUAUGUUUUUCAGCAGCUUGAUGGAUGUCUUGUUUUUCAAUAAACUCCUCAUGUGCAUCCUGCAGCCAGGACUCACACUCUCCAAAGCGGCUCCUGUGUGCUGUUUACUGUAAGCUCCUUAGAGACCCAGAAAAACAAACCUCAAACUGACUGGCCUCAUUUCCCUCCGCCUGAGUGAGAGGAGGGGAAAAUAAAAAAAAAGAGAGAGAGAGAGGAGAGAACGACAGAAAAAGCGCUCCUCUUCUUCUGCUUGAUAAAAUGGCUGAAGCCAAACAGAGCAUUCAGUACGUGAUAACAAGGAUGAACACGUUUCUAAUGGGAGAGGGGGAUUCAUGGACCAGCGGCGCACGUCCCGCUCUCAUCUCAAUUGGUCUCUAGUUCUAUUUUGGGGUGGAAAAGUGUGCAUAAUGAUUUGGCAAGAAGACUUUGGAUUCUGGCCAAUAAUUGGAGAAAUGAAUUUACCCUCCGAGAGCGUCUGAAUGUUUUCUCUUCCCCUCGUGUUCCUGCUGCGGUUCAACAUACAGAGAAUGAAGUUUUAUCCAUUUCAGCCGCAGCCAAAAGACUCUCCGCUCGUUCUGUGAUGAUUUUAUUUCACAAACGUAGAGCAAAAAGCGCCAAUUAAAUCAAUCCUCCUGGUCUCUUUUAGUGCUUCCAUUUUUUUUGGACUAAAUUCAGGGUUAUUUUGCACGCAGGGCCCCCCUGUGCUGUUCUGCAGGGGCCUGCUUGCUGAGACAGGACUUCAGAUGGCCUUUGAUGACUUUGUAAUUGAAGGUAAUUUGGUUUCCUGCCUCCGAGCUAAUGAGGUGGACAGAGAGACUCGUGGCGGGGAGGGAUACAGUCGCGCUCAGAUAAAGGAGAGGGGAAAUUGUGUGAAAAAAAACGUGUUUUUAGGAGAGGGCGCACUCGGGUUUUGAAAAACAGCUGUCACCUUACCUUAUCUCCUCAUCACAGCCUUAAUAACCACUCACCAUGCAGGAGAGCAGCUCCGGACUUCUUCCUUCCCUGAAAGCUGAGUCUGUCAGGAAAAAAAGGAGGACAGAUGGAGGUGAAGCUCAUUUAUUCCUGCAAUUAUUAUCAUUUUCCAGAAGUUGAAUCGGUGGCGAAACAGAAAAGAAGUGAGGGGGGAAAAAUGUCAGGAAGGUCUGGGACGGGAUGUCGCCGCAGAGGAUGUGCUCUGCAGCAUGACUUCAGGGAACCUGUGAAGUCAAGGAGAGGGGAAAAAAGAGCCCAUAGGGAGAGACUUAAAAGUCAAAGAGAUACGAGAUGGCGGUGCUUAAACAGCCAUGUCCAAACAUUUACAAAGGAACUGUCACAACAGCUUACCACUGAAGAUAUCAAUUGGCACCUCAUCCCUGCGUGACGGCGGGCGGCGAUGUGCGAUGGAGAGCAGCUGGAUUUGCAACUCUUGCUUCUCUCAUCCUGCCAGGGGAUCGCCGCACACUGCGAAGUGCUAACUACACACUCAGAGUGCUACAGCACACUUCCCCACCUGUCCCAGCAGCGUUAAUGGCCCACGGCACCAUUAGCUGGUCCACAGCCUUUUACUGCAAGGUGCUGAUGAACACACGCCAUCGACCAGGCCCAAUCUGUUCCCAUCACUACUGACCGUGGACUGGAUUAAUUAUGGACGGCACUUUUUUAGCUAUCGCCGCGGUGCACUGUUGUUUUUCUGGAGCCAGAUAUGACCAUAUUAGGACAUGGGGGUGGGGCUAGAUUGCUGGUAUUGGAGGAUCAAAAGUCCCUCUAAAAUAAAACGAACAUAAAAAGUAGAUUCAUACUCUCGUUCCUCCGCUCUUUCAGUCGUUUAUGCAAAUAAAAUCUGUCUUCUCAUCUCCACCUAACAAACUCAUUUUCAUACAUUUACCGCUGGAUUACUGCGCUGUGUCGAACACUGUGAGCUUUGCAACAAAAAUUACUCUGUUUCAUUUUACAAACUGUUUCGUGACUCUUGGUGCUCGAUGGCUUUUUAGCACUCCACUUUUUCAAACAUGCAUUAAACACAAAAAAAGAAGUUUAAGUCGCUCUUCUACUUCUGUCAUGAUAUCUUUGUUUUGUUCAUUUCAUGUCAUUUGUCUCCUGUGUGUUUUAUUUUGAAGUCACUAACCCCUGUCUCUGUUUUCAGAUGUGUUCCUGUCUGCCCUGCCCCCGUCUUGUCUCACCUGCCUCCUGAUUGUUCCUCCCCACCUGUCUCCCAUCGUCCUCAUUACCCUCUUGUACUUAAACUCAUGUCUCUCACAGUCUCAUCACCUCUUCGUUAUGUUUUUGUCACGUUCCAGCGCUUAUUCUAGUUUUCACAGUCUACAAUAUCGACCUUGUUAGUUUUUGACCUUGACGUUUUGGAUACCUCUGCCUGUUAUUCUGCCUUACUGUGUACCGAACCUGGACUGUUAAUAAACGUGUCUUUUGCCUGCUGGAACCUCGGGUCUGCGUUUGAGCCUGUUGCUACAGUCAGUUCCUGACAAUGAAAGAAACUUCAACAGUUAAAAUUUAACAACAGUUUUCAGGGUUCCUACACAGUUGGAAUUUCUAUACCCUACUUUUUAGAAUUAUUUUUGGAAAUACCUACUUUUCUAUUUUAGAAAACAGUAUUUUAGAAAUGUGGUAAUCGUCUGGAACAUUUUCCCAUACUUUUUAAGACCUGGAAAUCGAUCAAAUUUAUUUUCAUACUUUUCGUACUUGCAUAGGAACCCUAAGUUCCAAUUCAGUUUAGAAUUAGAAUAUAUAAAGACACUAAAUGUUGAUUUAAAGAUGAUUUUAUUGGUUUACACAUGAGGCAAGGACGUAAAAAAGUCACUUUGAUGGUCUGUGGCGAUACAAUGGCUUCCAAGUCUAAUCAUGCUGGAAAAUAUGUCAAAGUCAACAUCUCAACAAACCAGCCAUCCAUUUUCUACCACUUAGCCCAUUGAGAGUCACGUGGGGCUAAAGCCUUUUCCAGCAUCUUGGGGCAAAGUUAGGGGACACUCUGGACAAGUCAAUUAACCUAACCCCACUUCUGCAUGUUUUGGGGGAUGUGGGAGAAACCCACGCAGACACAGGGAGAACAUGCAAACUCCACACUGAAAUGCCCUGACCGGGAUUCGAACCCACAACCUUCCUACUGUGAAGCGACAGUGCUAACCACUGUGCUGCCCCGUCUCAAAACCAUUGCGCUAAAACAUUAGCAUGCUAAUGUAACGGUCAAUGUCUUUGUCUCAGUAUUGGCAUAAAAAAGUAUAUUUGGCCGGUACUUGUCUCUGGUUUUGCUCAGAGUCAAAUGCUUAACUCAGCUGAAUAAUAACAACAAUAAUAAUAAUAAUAAUAAUAAUAAUAAUAAUAAUAAUAAACUACAUUACGAUAAAAAAUAAAAAUAAAAAACUUUGAGCUCUUUUUGAAUGGGUGUGUAUGUGGCUCCCGGUGCUUCUGGUCAGCCUCAAGUGGCCAUCAGAGGAAUUACAGUUUAUUACACUUAAAUGUUGUCUUUAUUUCUCAGCCCUGGAGGUUUAAAUCAGGGUUCUGUUGCAGCUUUUGCAGAUUAGCUGCAGAGCUACAAGCAUGCAGAUCACCCACCCAUCACCUCCACCUCCAUCUCCAUCUCAUAACUGUUGCCUCGUAGCGCACCAGUGGAGGGAGUGGUGUCAAGGCUCUCUGCAUUGAUCGCUGCAGAAUUUUAUUUUUCAAGCCACCUCAGGAGGAUAGAUCAAUUUGUUAUGAUCCUGUGAGAAAUCAAUGUUUGUGUGUCACACCCCGAUACUCCACUGAAGGCUUUGAAAUCCCAUCACCAUAAGCAGUGAGUCGCUUCGAAAUGUGAGGGCUUUUUGGCCGGGAACAGAUGGAAGAAUGGUGUGAUUUUCAUUUCUAAGCACCAACAUCCAUCUCGCAGUAUAAUCUAGGGAUAUUAAUUGAUGAAGCUCUCGUUCAAGUCUUCAUUUGAGCAUAUUUUAAUUGAAGUGACUUUCAUGCUAUCAUAAUCACUGCAGAGUAGCCCAUUAGCUGAAUGAAAACGAAUGCUUAUAGAAUUUUAAUUCAUCGUAUGAUUAUAACUCAGUCUGGCUGUGGUACAUCUAAAAAACUAAUGUAAAGGGAGGCUUCUGGCUGCAUGAAACCAUAUAAAUCCCCUUAACUAUAAAUUAUAUAUAUAACACUGAAUGUGCAUACUCCAUCCGCAGCGUUCCUGCUCAUUUUUGAACAGAAUGAUAUCACAUACAGUGAGACGGAUUUCUGCAGACACUUUCAAGUUACUUUUUAACUUUUUAACACAUUUUCUGCUCCAACACUUGACACAGAAACAUGCAAAAAACAUCGCUUCUUCUGGACAGGAGGCAAUUUUAGACACAAGACACUUAAAAAAAAUAUGUUUAUGACUGAUCUCUGAAGGUUCAAACUCCUGCAGACAUUUUUGUAUAUAUGAAACUGUUUCAACAAUAUACACGAUAAGUUUCAGCAAAUAUUUUAAUCAUAUUUCCAUGGUUAAAUAGUUGGGGAGAGUAUUAAACUGAUAUGUGACUGCAGGUUUCUUAUUGAAAUACAGUGCUCAGCAUGAGUCUUAAUAAUGAUCAUUUUAUUUCCUCCUAAAAGUCUCAAUUUAGGUUAAAGCAGUCCAAAAGACAAAUGCCCCGAGCAGCAGAGCUUAAGAGUUUGUAAAUCAUAGACAAGGACAUUUUUAUAGUCCAGUGAAAAGUAAGUUGGGACAGAGACAUGCUUAACAUUGUCACUUCUUCUUUUUUAUCUUAUUUAAUUAAACGUUAUUAAACCAGGUGAGAACCCAAUGAGACUUAGAUCUCUAACAACACUCUGCAAAGGUUUACAAACCAAGAGGACCAGAUUCUGGAGUUUUGAAAUCUUUAAAAUGUCCAUCAUUAGCUGAUUCUUGGUUUUGCAUGUUUGAUAGUUCAGAGUUGAAUUUCUUCAUGUCAUGAUGCACCAGAUAUUUUUAUUUGGUGAUGAGUCAGGGCUGCAGGUGGGAUAGUCCAGGACCUAAACUGUAUUUACAAAGUUCAGAAUUAAUAUAGUUUCAAUGUGUUUUUUUUUUUUUUACAUAUAAAGACCCCUCCUUUUAGUGGAAACAAUCCUGAUAUGUUUAUUAAAUGUGGCCUAGAAUAAGACAAACAAGCCUGUCCAAUAACUGGAAGGUUGGCGGUUCGAUUCCUCCUAUCCCUAGUCUGUCCAUUGUGUCCUUUGGCAAGACACUUAACCCACCUUGCUCCCAGUAUGUGUCCUCCACUGGUGUAUAAUUGAGAGUGACGUUUGGAGAGGCAGUGGGCGCAAACUGGAAGCCAAAAAUCAAAAAUAGCGCAAAGAAAACUAAAAAAUAUGCUUUUUUUGAGAUUAACCAGCUCUAGUUUGAACAAAACCCUUAAAAACAUAUUAUGACGACCAUCUCCCAACUAUGUAGGAUAAUCUGCAGGAAGUUUGUAAUAUGACCAAGAAUAAAAAGUCAUCCCAGAGAUGCUCCAGUUUCAGUAUUUCAGUAUUUUGGCUGCCCAGUCCAAAACUGCCUGUUAAGCUGUCAGCGUUAGUCACUGUGAUCAAGAUGCUUAACAGACCAAAAAAACCUCCUGAAUGAACAGCAGCGCCGCUCACUUUCAGCUCCGAUUAUUUCUGAGGGUGAUAACACGUCAUCGAUUUGUUCACAGCUUGGCUCUUCUGGCUGUAAGUUGAGGAAAACUGCUAAUUUUUGCAAUGAUUUAUCACAAGAGACCAUUUUCAUAUUAAACUGAGUCAGCUGAUCUGUUGUUCGUAUGAAAACUGUGCGGCUUUAAUUAAGAGUCAUUAGUCAUGAGAAUGGCCUUUUCAUUAUUUUAGAAUUAUUAAAUGUGACAAUAACUUUAAUUAUUGCUGAUUUAUUAAAAACAGGAUGUCUACAUUGUAGCUGGUUGUAGUGGAACUAAGUAGUUCAUUUAUAUUCAGCCGGCUCAUUUCAUCUCCACUUGUGUGUCACAUUUUUGUACAUUUAGCAAAUAAAAACAUGAGAAAGGAACUGAAACUGGAUGAAACUUAAACGUCGUCGAAAUGAUCGUCUGAUGGAGCUCUAUCACAGGUUUGGUUUACAGUAUGUGCAGAAAGGUAGAAGGUAGAUCCCACCUGCUGUAGCGCAGCAUUUGCAUCGCCUUUUGAGCUUUACCUCCCACACCACCAUCACCAUCCAUCAAACAUGCUCUGAAAGUUUUAAACUGCGACACCAUCCAACAGUUGGAGCGUAAAUUAAAUCAGUUCUAGAAAGUGAUUCGAGCUGACGGCAGGGAGGAGGUCGUGAUUUUGCAAAAUGUUGCAGGUGGCAGCAGCGGGAGAUGACACAACUUUAAUUUUGUUGCUUUUGUCGAACAUAAUGGCUCGCUGUUGUUGCCGGGUGUCAAAUCAAAACCUAUUUAACAUCACUAUUGUUGGGUGAUGAGAUGUUGUGACUCAGCUGUUGUGCUGCUGUGACUGAGAGGAGGUUGUGUGUGUGAACAUUUCCUGCAGGUAAGACUCAACUUUUGUUCUCUCGAGUGUCUCUGAGGCAUGCUUUAUUUAUCUUCUAUCCCUGAGAGCCACUGCCUUUUCAUAAUGAGAGCAGGUCAGCGGAGCGCAUCAUGGGCUGGGGUUAUUUAUAUUUACCUGUGUGUGUUUGUUUAAUACCACAGGAAGAUCUUGAGGUUCGAUUCAGUCUAAAUAAACUCAAUGAAUGGACCUGCUCUUAACAUGGCGAGUCCUUUUAAACCACUUUUACUCAAAUUGAACUUUUUUUGCAUUAUACAGAGUAAACAAGUCUUUUAAAAAGUUUUGGGGUAAGCUCUGUUGUACUGCACUCUGUCAUUUGUAAUGAUGAGCAUUUUGCAGUAUGAUUCAUUUCCGCUCUUUCCGGCUCUUGCAGCUCUGGAGGACUCUGAGCGGAUAUUGAUGGAUCAUAUUUAUCGAGCUCCUGUCUCCCUGACCCCGUGUGCUGCUCAUAUUUAACCAAAGAGAGAAAUCUGCCGGGUUUAGAGGGUCGGAGAGUGGUCGUCCUUGGUUUUCACGGAGUUAAUGACAGUGAUGACAAAAUCCUUCAGUGUAAUUCAUAUAUUUUUGGCCUUCGAUUAAAUCAAUCGCCAAACGUUGUGUACAUAACCUUCACCCAGAUUAUAACUUGCACAAGUGUGUUUAUUUAACACAUCAUGAGAGAGUAAAGCCGUCAUGAGGUGCAGGUGUUUUACACAUUUAAAUCCUGAAGGACUUCUCACAGCUAACUGUCCUGUAAGAUCGGGCUGCUCAUUAGAAGACUCAAGGAUCAGAAGAAGGAAAAAAAAUUGCAUAUUUUACAUUGCCCUUAUCCUAUGACAUUUUUUAACAGAGUAUACUAUAACUUUUUUAUCAUUCUAUACUAUGACAUAUUUUUGACAUACUAUACUGUUACAUUUUUAUCAUACUAUACUAUGGCAUUUGUAUCAUACUUUACUAUGAAGUUUUUUUUUAAUUCUAUACUAUGACAUUUUUAAACAAAGUAUACCAUGACAUUUUUAACAUCAUGACAUUUUUAUCAUGCUAUACUAUGACAUUUUUAUCAUACUAUAUAGAGAUUUUUGUCAGACUACACUGAGACAUUUUUAUCAUACUAUACUAUGACAUUUUUUGACAUACUAUACUGACAUUUUUUGACACAUUAUUCUGUGACAUUUUUAUCAUACUAUACUAUGACAUUUUUGACAUACUCAACUGACAUUUUUAUCAUACUAUACUAUGACAAUUUUAUUAUACUAUACUAUGACAUUUUUUGACAUACUAUACUAUGACAUUUUUUGACAUACUAUACUAUGACAUUUUUUGACAUACUUUACUAUGACAUUUUUAUCAUACUAUACUAUGACAUUUGUUGAUGAACUAAACUAUUAUAUUUUUAUCAUACUAUACCAUGACAUUUUUUGUAAAACUAUACUAUGACACUUUUUUAUAUACUUUAUUACGACAAUUUUCGACAAAGUAUACCAUGACAUUUUUAUCAUACUAUACUAUAUGAUUUUUGACAUACUUUACUGACAUUUUUAUCAUACUGUACUAUAAAAUUUUUGUCAUAAUAUACUAUGACAUUUUUAUCAUACUAUACUAUGAAGUUUUUUUGACCUUGUAUACUAUGACAUUUUUAUCAUACUAUAUAAUGACAUUUUUUAAAAAAGUAUACCAUGACAUUUUUAACAUACUUAACUAUGACAUUUUUUUGACAUACUAUACUAUGACAUUUUUAUCAUACUAUACUAUAACAUUUUUGAUAUACUCAACUGACAUUUUUGUCAUACUAUACUACGACAUUUUUAUCAUACUAUAUUAUGACAUUUUUUGACAUACUAUACUAUAACAUUUUUAUCAUACUAUACUAUGACAUUUUUUGGCAUACUUUACUAUGACAUAUUUAUCAUACUAUACUAUGACAUUUUUGACAUACUAUACUAUGACAUUUUUAUCAUACUAUACUAUUACGUUUUUGACACAUUAUUCUAUGAUAUUUUUAUCAUACUUUACUAUGACAUUUUUGACAUACUAAACUGACAUUAUUAUCAUACUAUACUAUGACAUUUUUUGACAUACUAUACUAUGACAUUUUUAUCGUACUAUACUAUGACAUUUUUUGACAUACUUUACUAUGACAUUUUUAUCAUACUAUACUAUGACAUUUGUUCAUGUACUCAACUAUUACAUGUUUAUCAUACUAUACUAUGACUUUUUUAUGACGUACUAUACUAUGACAUUUUUAUCAUACUAUACUAUGACUUUUUUAUCAUACUAUACUAUGACUUUUUUAUCAUACUAUACUAUGACAUUUUUUUUACAUACUAUACAAUGACAUUUUCAUCAUACUAUACUAUGACAUUUUUUGACAUACUAUACUAUAACAUUUUUAUCAUACUAUACUAUGACAUUUUUAUCAUACUAUAUAGAGAUUUUUGUCAGACUACACUGAGACAUUUUUAUCAUACUAUACUAUGACAUUUUUUGACAUACUAUACUGACAUUUUUUGACACAUUAUUCUGUGACAUUUUUAUCAUACUAUACUAUGACAUUUUUGACAUACUCAACUGACAUUUUUAUCAUACUAUACUAUGACAAUUUUAUUAUACUAUACUAUGACAUUUUUUGACAUACUAUACUAUGACAUUUUUUGACAUACUAUACUAUGACAUUUUUUGACAUACUUUACUAUGACAUUUUUAUCAUACUAUACUAUGACAUUUGUUGAUGAACUAAACUAUAACAUUUUUAUCAUACUAUACCAUGACAUUUUUUGUAAAACUAUACUAUGACACUUUUUAUAUACUUUACUACGACAAUUUUCGACAAAGUAUACCAUGACAUUUUUAUCAUACUAUACUAUAUGAUUUUUGACAUACUUUACUGACAUUUUUAUCAUACUGUACUAUAAAAUUUUUGUCAUAAUAUACUAUGACAUUUUUAUCAUACUAUACUAUGAAGUUUUUUUGACCUUGUAUACUAUGACAUUUUUAUCAUACUAUACAAUGACAUUUUUUAAAAAAGUAUACCAUGACAUUUUUAACAUACUUAACUAUGACAUUUUUUUGACAUACUAUACUAUGACAUUUUUAUCAUACUAUACUACGACAUUUUUAUCAUACUAUAUUAUGACAUUUUUUGACAUACUAUACUAUAACAUUUUUAUCAUACUAUACUAUGACAUUUUUUGGCAUACUUUACUAUGACAUAUUUAUCAUACUAUACUAUGACAUUUUUGACAUACUAUACUAUGACAUUUUUAUCAUACUAUACUAUUACGUUUUUGACACAUUAUUCUAUGAUAUUUUUAUCAUACUUUACUAUGACAUUUUUGACAUACUAAACUGACAUUAUUAUCAUACUAUACUAUGACAUUUUUUGACAUACUAUACUAUGACAUUUUUAUCGUACUAUACUAUGACAUUUUUUGACAUACUUUACUAUCACAUUUUUAUCAUACUAUACUAUGACAUUUGUUCAUGUACUCAACUAUUACAUGUUUAUCAUACUAUACUAUGACUUUUUUAUGACGUACUAUACUAUGACAUUUUUAUCAUACUAUACUAUGACUUUUUUAUCAUACUAUACUAUGACUUUUUUAUCAUACUAUACUAUGACAUUUUUUUUACAUACUAUACAAUGACAUUUUCAUCAUACUAUACUAUGACAUUUUUUGACAUACUAUACUAUAACAUUUUUAUCAUACUAUACUAUGACGUUUUUUGACAUUUUUUCAUGACAUUUUGAACAUACUAUAGUAUGAUUUUUUUAUCAUACUAUACUAUGACAAUUUUUUGACAUACUAUACUAUGCCAUUUUUGUAAUACUAUACUAUGAUAUUUUUAUCAUACUAUACUAUAACAUUUUUUUGACAUACUUUAAUGUGACAUUUUUAUCAUACUAUACUAUGAUGUUUUGACAUUCUAUUCUAUGACAUUUUGAACAUACAAUACUAUGACUUUUUUAUCAUAAUAUACUCUGACAUAUUUUUGACAUACUUUACAAUGACGGUUUUAUCAUACUAUACUAUUACAUUUUUUGACAGACUAAACUAUGACAUUUUUUGACAUUCUAUACUUUGACGUUUUUUGACAUUAUUUCAUGACAUGUUGAACAUACUAUACUAUGACUUUUUUAUCAUACUAUACUAUGACAAUUUUUUGACAUACUAUACUAUGCCAUUUUUGUCAUACUAUACUAUGACAUUUUUAUCAUACUAUACUAUAACAUUUGUUGACAUACUAUAAUAUGACAUUGUUAUCAUACUAUACAAUGACUUUUUUAUAAUACUAUACUAUGACAUUUUUAUCAUACUAUACUAUGAUAUUUUUGACAUACUAUGACAUUUUUAUCGUACUAUACUAUGACAUUUUUUUGACAUACUUUACUAUUCCAUUUUCUGUCAUACUAUACUAUGACAUUUUCAUCAUACUAUACUAUUACAUUUUUUGACAUACUAUAUGACAUUUUCAUCAUACUAUACUAUGACUUUUUUAUCAUACUAUACUAUGAAAUUUUUAUCAUACUAUACCAUGACAUUUUUUGACAAAGUAUACCAUGACAUUUAUAUCAUACUAUACUAUGACAUUUUUUGACAUACUUUACUAUGAUAUUUUUAUCAUUCUAUACUGACAUUUUUUUGACAUACUAUACUAUGACAUUUUUAUCAUACUAUACUAUUACUUUUUUUGACACAUUAUUCUUUGACAUUUUUAUCAUACUUUACUAUGACAUUUUUGACAUACUAAACUGACAAUUUUGUCAUACUAUACUAUGACAUUUUGAACAUACUAUACUAUGACAUUUUUAUCAUACUAUACUAUGACAUUUUUUGACAUUUUACUAUGACAUUUUUAUCAUACUAUACUGUGACAUUUGUUCAUGUACUCAACUAUUACAUGUUUAUCAUACUAUACUGACAUUUUUUUGACAUACUAUACUAUGACAUGUUUAUCAUACUAUACUAUGACUUUUUACCAUACUAUACUAUGACAUUUUUUUGACAGACUUUACAAUGACAUUUUUAUCAUACUAUACUAUGACAUUUUUUGACAUACUAUACUAUAACAUUUUUAUCAUACUAUACUAUGAUGUUUUUUGACAUUAUUUCAUGACAUUUUGAACAUACUAUACUAUGACUUUUUUAUCAUACUAUACUAUGAUAUUUUUACAUACUAUAAUGUGACAUUUUUAUCAUACUAUUCUAUGACAAUUUUUGACAUACUAUACUAUGCCAUUUUUGUCAUACUAUACUAUGACAUUUUCAUCAUACUAUACUAUUACAUUUUUUUGACAUACUAUAAUAUGACAUUUUUAUCAUACUAUACUAUGAUGUUUAGACAUUCUAUUCUAUGACAUUUUGAACUUACAAUACUAUGACUUUUUUAUCAUAAUAUACUCUGACAUUUUUUGACAUACUAUACAAUGACGUUUUUAUCAUACUAUACUAUUACAUUUUUUGACAGACUAUACUAUGACGUUUUUAUCAUACUAUACUAUGACGUUUUUUGACAUACUAUACUAUUACAUAUUUUGACAUACUGUAAUAUGACAUUUUUAUCAUACUAUACUAUGACAUUUUUUGACAUUCUAUACUAUGACGUUUUUUGACAUUAUUUCAUGACAUGUUGAACAUACUAUACUAUGACUUUUUUAUCAUACUAUACUAUGAUAUUUUUUACAUACUAUAAUAUGACAUUUUUAUCAUACUAUACUAUGAUGUUUUGACAUUCUAUUCUAUGACAUUUUGAACUUACAAUACUAUGACUUUUUUAUCAUACUAUACUAUGAUAUUUUUUACAUACUAUAAUGUGACAUUUUUAUCAUACUAUUCUAUGACAAUUUUUGACAUACUAUACUAUGCCAUUUUUGUCAUACUAUACUAUGACAUUUUCAUCAUACUAUACUAUUACAUUUUUUUGACAUACUAUAAUAUGACAUUUUUAUCAUACUAUACUAUGAUGUUUUGACAUUCUAUUCUAUGACAUUUUGAACUUACAAUACUAUGACUUUUUUAUCAUAAUAUACUCUGACAUAUUUUUGACAUACUAUACAAUGACGUUUUUAUCAUACUAUACUAUUACAUUUUUUGACAGACUAUACUAUGACGUUUUUAUCAUACUAUACUAUGACGUUUUUUGACAUACUAUACUAUUACAUAUUUUGACAUACUGUAAUAUGACAUUUUUAUCAUACUAUACUAUGACAUUUUUUGACAUUCUAUACUAUGACGUUUUUUGACAUUAUUUCAUGACAUGUUGAACAUACUAUACUAUGACUUUUUUAUCAUACUAUACUAUGAUAUUUUUUACAUACUUUAAUAUGACAUUUUUAUCAUACUAUACUAUGACAAUUUUUUGACAUACUAUAAUAUGACAUUUUUAUCAUACUAUACUAUGAUGAUUUGACAUUCUAUUCUAUGGCAUUUUGAACUUACAAUACUAUGACUUUUUUAUCAUAAUAUUCUCUGACAAAUUUUUGACAUACUAUACAAUGACGUUUUUAUCAUACUAUACUAUGACAUUUUUUGACAGACUAUACUAUAACAUUUUUAUCAUACUAUACUAUGAUGUUUUUUGACAUUAUUUCAUGACAUUUUGAACAUACUAUACUAUGACUUUUUUAUCAUACUAUACUAUGAUAUUUUUUACAUACUAUAAUGUGACAUUUUUAUCAUACUAUUCUAUGACAAUUUUUGACAUACUAUACUAUGCCAUUUUUGUCAUACUAUACUAUGACAUUUUCAUCAUACUAUACUAUUACAUUUUUUUGACAUACUAUAAUAUGACAUUUUUAUCAUACUAUACUAUGAUGUUUUGACAUUCUAUUCUAUGACAUUUUGAACUUACAAUACUAUGACUUUUUUAUCAUAAUAUACUCUGACAUAUUUUUGACAUACUAUACAAUGACGUUUUUAUCAUACUAUACUAUUACAUUUUUUGACAGACUAUACUAUGACGUUUUUAUCAUACUAUACUAUGACGUUUUUUGACAUACUAUACUAUUACAUAUUUUGACAUACUGUAAUAUGACAUUUUUAUCAUACUAUACUAUGACAUUUUUUGACAUUCUAUACAAUGACGUUUUUGACAUUAUUUCAUGACAUGUUGAACAUACUAUACUAUGACUUUUUUAUCAUACCAUACUAUAUUUUUUACAUACUAUAAUAUGACAUUUUUAUCAUACUAUACUAUGACAAUUUUUUGACAUACUAUAAUAUGACAUUUUUAUCAUACUAUACUAUGAUGAUUUGACAUUCUAUUCUAUUGCAUUUUGAACUUACAAUACUAUGACUUUUUUAUCAUAAUAUUCUCUGACAAAUUUUUGACAUACUAUACAAUGACGUUUUUAUCAUACUAUACUAUGACAUUUUUUGACAGACUAUACUAUUACAUAUUUUGACAUACUGUAAUAUGACAUUUUUAUCAUAUUAUACUAUGACAUUUUUUGACAUUCUAUACUAUGAUAUUUUUAAUAUACUAUAAUAUGACAUUUUUAUCAUACUAUACUAUGACAAUUAUUCGACAUACUAUACGAUGCCAUUUUCAUCAUACUAUACUAUUACAAAUUUUGACAUACUAUAAUAUGACAUUUUUAUCAUACUAUACUAUGAUGUUUUGACAUUCUAUUCUAUGACAUUUUGAACUUACAAUACUAUGACUUUUUUAUCAUAAUAUUCUCUGACAUAUUUUUAACAUACUAUACAAUGACGUUUUUACUGUACUAUACUAUUACAUUUUUUGACAGACUAUACUAUGACGUUUUUAUCAUACUUUUCUAUGACUUUUUUAUCAUACUAUACAAUGACGUUUUAAUCAUACUAUACUGACAUUUUUUGACAGACUUUACUAUGACUUUUUUAUCAUACUAUACAAUGACAUAUUUUGACAUACUAUAAUAUGACAUUUUUAUCAUACUAUUCUGACAUUUUUUGACAUUCUAUACUAUGACGUUUUUUGACAUUAUUUCAUGACAUUUUGAACAUACUAUACUAUGACUUUUUUAUCAUACUAUAGUAUGAUAUUUUUUGACAUACUAUACUAUGACAUUUUUAUCAUACUAUACUAUGACAGUUUUUUGACAUACUAUACUAUGCCAUUUUUGUCAUACUAUACUAUUACAUUUUCAUCAUACUAUACUAUUACAUUUUUUUGACAUACUAUAAUAUGACAUUUUUAUCAUACUAUACUAUGUUGUUUUGACAUUCUAUUCUAUGACAUUUUGAACUUACAAUACUAUGACUUUUUUAUCAUAAUAUUCUCUGACAUAUUUUUGACAUUCUAUACAAUGACGUUUUUAUCAUACUAUACUAUACAUUUUUUGACAGACUAUACUAUGACGUUUUUAUCAUACUAUACUAUGACAUUUUUUGACAUACUAUACUGACAUUUUUAUCAUACUAUACGAUGAAAUUUUUUGACAUACUAUACUAUGAUAUUUUUUAUCAUACUAUACUAUUACAUUUUUUGACAAACUAUAAUGACAUUUUUAUUAUACUAUUCUAUGAUGUUUUUAUCAUACUAUACUAAGAAAUGUUUUGACAUUCUACACUAUGACAUUAUUUGACAUACUAUACAAUUACAUUUUUAUUAUACUAUACUGACAUUUUUAUCAUACUGUACUUUGACAAUUCUAUUAUAUUAUCCCAUGAUUUUAUCAUAUAUUAUAUAAGGAACACUAUCCCAUGUUUAUACUUUAAAAAAAUGGAAGGGUCACACAAAUGAUCAUUUUGACAAGUUUUACUAGUUGAAGAUCUGGGGUACAGCUUCAUCAUGCCACAAGUUCAACAAACACUGGUCUGAGACUGUCCACGUAUGUCAUGCUGUCCAUGAUUUCAAACAUUCUUCUUGCAUCUUGAUGACCUAAAGGAGAGUCCAUGUAGGGUAGCAACAAAGUCCAACAUAUUUUGGGAGCCUUAAUGAUGUAAAACAGGUGUGGAGGGUCCUUUUUUAUAAUGGUUUUCAGAGGCCAAUGGCUCCUCAAAUCUAGUAUCAAAGGUAUUUGAGUGUCACCGCUCUACCACCCUCACAGAUGACAUGAUAAGUAAAAGAUGAUUUUUAAAACACUGACAUUUUAUAUCAUACUCUACUUCAAUGUUUUCUAUCAUACCAUACACUUACAUUUUUUAACUUACUUUACCAUGACAUUUUUUAACAUACUAUACUGACAUUUUUUGACAUAUUAUACUAUGACAUUUUUCAACAAACUAUACCAUUAUAUAUUUUUAUCAUGCUUUUUAUUAUGUUUUUUAUCGUGGUUUCGUGUUGUAGAAAAUGUUAUUUAACUGCCAAAAGAAAUGAAGAAGGAAAUAAAAUGCUGUUCAACAUAAGUUUUAGGCGAUUAACAAAGAGAACAAAUAACACAACAAAUUCACUAAACACAGCAGUUAAAACAAAUGCACAGUGAGCAGCCUCCUAUCCUUUACAAUCCACCAGAAAAAAAAUAUACAAAAAAAAAAAAAAAAAAAAACAGCUGCACACCAAAUGUCAACACAGAUUUUCCUAACAAAAAAAUCUAGCUCUAGAAUCUCCAGUGUGAGUGUCUGCCCACAAAGUUCUCCAAUCCGCAGCCUCUUGAACGUAACGCUCCUCCCCAACUGGUCAUGCAGACUCGGCCCAUUACCCAUCAGCAGCUGGUUCCUGUGGGAUCACAUCCGCUCACAGACACACACUCACACAGACACUACCAAACAUGGCGAACAGGCACGCAUGUAGUACACCCUGAAACUGGAUGAGGCUACUAUGACUUUUUAUCAUACUAUACAAUGACAUUUCUAUCAUACAUUACAAUGAUGUUUUUUUGACAUACUAUACUAUGACAUUUUUAUCAUACUAUACUAUAUUUUUAUCAUACUAUACUGUGAUAUUUUUAUCAUACUAUACUAUGACAUUUUUGACAAGUUAUACUAAGAAAUAUUUAACAUACUAUACUAUGACAUUUUUAUCAUACUAUACUAUGACAUUUUUGACAUGCUAUACUAAGAAAUAUUUAACAUACUAUACUAUGACAUUUUUGACAUACUAAACUAUGACAUUUUCUUCAAACUAUGCUACGACAUUUUUUGACAUACUAUACUAUGACAUUUUUAUCAUACACUACUUUGACAUUUUUUGACAUUCUAUGACAUUUUAUCAUACUAUACUUUGACAUUUUUUGACAUACUAUACUAUUGCAUUUUUAUCAUACUAUACUAUGACGUUUUUUGACGUAUUAUUCUAUGACAUUUUGAACAUACUAUACUAUGACAUUUUUAUCAUACUAUACUAUCGCAUUUUUAUCAUACUAUACUAUGACAUUUUUUGAGAAAGUAUACCAUGACAUUUUUGCCAUACUACACUCAGACAUUGUAUCAUACUAUACUAUGAAAAUUUUUUGACAUACUAUACUAUGACAUUUUUUGACAUACUAUGCUAUAACAUUUUUAUCAUACUAUACUGACAUUUUUUGACAUACUAUGCUAUAACAUUUUUAUCAUACUUUACUAUGACUUUUUUUGACAUACUAUAAUAUGACAUUUUAAUCAUACUAUACAAUGACGUUUUUAUCGUACUAUACUAUGACAUUUUUCAACAUACUAUACUAUGACAUUUUUGUCAUACUUUACUAUGACAUUUUUCGACAUACUAUACAAUGACAUUUUUAUCAUACUAUACUAUGAAGUUUUUUGGCAUACAAAUCUAUGAAAUAAUAAUUCAUACUGUCCUUUUUUUUUUUUUCAUACCAUACUGUGAUAUUUUAGCACACUAUACUAUUAUACUUUCAACAUACUUAACUCUAAUUUUUUUUCAUAUUACAGUAUGGCAUUUUUAUCAAACUGUACCUUGAUAUUUUCAUCAUACUACAUUUUUAUCACACUAAACAUUUUAUCAUGCUAUACAAUUAUACUUUCAUAUUACUUCACUAUGAUUUCUUAAACAUACCAUACUCAACGUUUUUUUUCAUACUAUAGUAUUUUAAAUAAACUAUACAAUGCCAUUUUUUAUGAUACAAUACCAUGAUUUUUUUUCCAUACUACACAAUGUAAUUUUUUUUACACUUUACAAUAAUAUUUUUGUACUAUAAUAAAUAUUUUAUAAUCCAAUACUAUAUUUUUUAAUCAAACUUUACUUUGAUAUUUUUAUCUUGCAAUACUUUGACAUUUUUAUCAUACUUUACUAUGACCUUUUUAUCAUAGUAUUAUAUGAUAAUUUUAUUAUAAUAUACUAUAUCACUAUAUAAAAGUAUACUGUAGUAUUUUUAUCAUACUUUACUAUUACAUUUUUAUCUUACUAUACUAUGAUAUUUUUACGAUGCUCAACUAUGAUUUUUUUAACAUACUAUACUAUGAUGUUUUUCAAAUUUUAGUAUGAUCUUAUCAUACUAUAUUAUGACAUUUUAUUGUACUACUCUAUGACAUUUUUAUCACACUAUACUUUGAUAUUUUAAUCGUUAUUUACUAUGAUAUUUUACUAUAAGGGUAGCGGCCCUGGACAAUCCCAUUCACUUGAAUGGGGAUUUUUUCAAUUGCCCAUAACUUUUGAAUGCACAAAGACUUCUUUCUGGUACCAGUGAACUCAGGGUACCAUCAAUUUUUUAUACAGUUAAGUAAAACAGACAUCUGAGUGUCAUCUGCAUAACACAAACAAGCGACACCUUUAAAAGUUAUCAUAUGAAAAUCCAGGGGUAGCAGAAAUAAAGAAAACAGCCAGUGUCCCGGGACGGAUCCCUGAGGGACUCCACAACACAGGCCCAGCCUGAUGAAAUACACUCUCCUGCACUGGCUGAAAUAGUUUUACUGGAGAAACAGCAGAGGGACCAGGACAGAACCCUUAGGGACUCCACAACACAGAUUCAGCCUGACAAAACAUAUUUAGCAGCACUGAUUGAAAAAAGUUUUACAGGACAAACAGCAGAGAGCCCAGGACAGAACCCUGGGGGACUCCACAACACAGGCUCUGACUUACGAAACAUGUCUACCUGAGCUGACUGGAAAAGUUCUACUGGAUAAACAGCUGAAGCUCCAGGACUGAAUGAAAAAGUUCUGACCGACUGAUGAACUGUUCGGUCACAAGAGUUCUAAUUGUCAUCUUUAUGUACUUUGCAGAGUAAGAGGUUAUAAAGAUUUAACACUGGACCAGUCCAAGCAUUCAUAAUAACGUGUGGCUCGGUUAAUCAAACCAGAGUGUUUCAGAGUAAGUGAUCUCGGUCUUAAAACUCUCACUUAAUGCAGCUUUAAAUAAAGUUUCAGCCCACAGAGGAAGUACACAGGAACUGAGCCGCCUGAUGACUCACCCGGAGAGGUUGAGUUGCCCUCACAUACCAUGACCACAUUGUAAUUAUUGUCCUUCAGCGUGUAAUUAUAAAGUGACCAAUCACAUUAGAAAGAGGCCCGCUGUGAUAGGAAAGUCGAGGUGAUGGCUGAUGUGAAAAGUUUUCCCAUUUUGCCCUCGAGUGACGUGAACUUGAGUGGAUCCAUUAAACUGUCAGAUGCGUCCUUUUAAAAUCCCACUUCUCAUUUUUCUUUCUAGAAAACGCCAUCCAGGCCUUCGGGAACGGAUCUGAUGUGAAAACAGGCGCCGGACAGCCCGGGAUGCCCAGCCCGGCCAUGGACAACCAAAUCCCGCAUGCAGCAACCUCCGCCCCGGGCGUUUCCAUGGAAACAGAGCAGAACAUCCUGAGAGCACAGAUACCUACACAGGUGAGGCGAGACGGCAGACUGGAAAUGUGUUGUACGGUUUGGCAAACAAAGAGCAGAACCAAUAGAGAUGGGAGCGCUGAGAAGUCUGGAUCCCACUGCUGCUGAUAACUCGGGAUGUUUGUUUUACACUGCAGGGCGCAGCAGACGGGUGGGAUUAACAUUAUCUGCAUAAUUCAGACAGCCACGGGUACAAACUCAGACACAGAAAAAUCAAGAAGUGAAGCUGAGAAGUUAAGGAAACACAAAAAAAGUGUUUUUAUACAAGCGUAUUGAAGGGUGCAAAUCCUAGAUUGGAGGUGUUUGCGGUUUUUCAUUUGAAGGGAGAUAAAUCGAAUCAGUCGACUUUAAGUUUUACACUUUCAUUCAUGUUUUCUUUCCUGGUGCAUUAAUGCAAACCAACAUUCUCAUCUGCAGGAGCUCAGCCAAAAGCAUCACGCUCUGUCUUUGCCGUAUCUGCUCCUUGCACAGAACUUUCUAUUCUGAUUAAAGGUUUCAGUCGAGAGUUAACAUCCGCAAUUAGUCUGUACAGCUGCGCGACAUGUGCGACAGUGAUGAACAUAUCACGCCUCCUCUUCCUCCUCCUCAAGGACUAACUUCCAGCGCUUAACCAAUCAUCAGUCUGUCUCUGGUGUUUCUGAUCAGCUCCGUUUACACAGAUAUCAACAGUCAGCUGCUCAGAGGUGGAGCUGCUGUUACCGUGUCGUUCACAGUCCUGAGGGGAUGAGCCGGUAAAAGGCUUUCCUCUUGAUCCAGGCGUUGUUUUAUCAGACUUUAAUUUACCAUUGUGAAUUCGCUAUCAUCGUGCCAAGUGUUUAACCUUCCUCCUGUGUUAGCUUUUACUACGCACCCACUAUGUUAAGGGUCGGUUUUGACCCGUGUCUUAAAUCAGCUGCAAAAUACACUAAAACAAUUCUCUAUCAUCCAAUUUUGUUCUAAUCUCUUGGUUACCUUGUUAGGCUUCAUUAUCCAUGAAAAUAUAUCCUUUCUUUGUCUGUAUACUCCUCAUACAGACAUCAAUACUGAAUCUUGUUCUCAUAUGUCUGGAAAGAACAUGGCAAAAUAAGAAUUUCCUAAAUCUCACAUGAUCGGAAGAGGAUCUGACUGUCAGUGUGAUGCCUGGCAGUUCACUUAUGAUUUUAGUUUUUACUCUAAUUAUUAGAUAUUGAUCUAACCGGGUCAACAGCGACCCAAACACGACAAGUGCCAUAAGUUUGAUAAGAGCAUUUUAUAAUUUAGUCAAUUUUAUUCUUAUUUUUAUUUGUUGAAAUAGAAGUUCCUGACAAAGUCAAAAAGUCUUGGUGCAAAAAAAGCUAAUUUAUGUGUUUUUUUAAGCAUUUAAAAACAAAAACUGGUCGGUGCAGACCCUAACACGGGAGGAGGGUUAAAGCGCUUUAAAAAAACACCAAACAGAUGUGAAACAAGGAAGAAAAAAAAAUGAAUAAAAGAAGACAGAGAAAAGGAGAAGUUAGAUUAAAAAGUGCUGAAAUAAGGGUUUGAAAUUAAAAGUGUUAUCUGAUAAAACUGAAUUUGUCUGAAAGAAAGAAACUGAAGUAUUGAGCCACAAAGUUGAGCUAAAAGUCCAGAUAAUUAAAAGCGAACCUUUAUGAAGCGAAAGAGAAAAAGAAGCUUCAGGGCAGUAAAAGUCUCUUCCCGGGUCAAAUCAGGUAAACAGGUUAUUAGUACUCCGGUUAGUAUUUGUGCCAGUUUACAUUAAAAGCUGGAAUGAGCUGCAUUGGUCAGGCUCUGCUGCGCUCUAUAGGCUAACCUAUUGAAUGCGAGUGAAUGAAGGAAGCUUUGAAGCUUUAGGAUUGGAUGUAACGUUAUUGAUCCCAGAGGGAUCAUUAGACGUGUGCGGCAGGAAGAGGAAUCAGAACAGAAAGUGGAGCAUAAAACAAACAACAUAAUGAGAAUAACAGAGUUUAGACGAUUAAAUUAACAAGCAGCUAAAGUGGAUGUAAACAAACUUGUGCUUUAUAAGUUUAUGUUAUUGAUCGUUUGAAUAUAUUAGCCCAACAUUACUGGAGGGGAAAAUAUGGGAGGAGGAAGUAUGAGAAAAUAACGGAUGGCACAGUUCCAUAUAAAUGUUGUUUUCUGCAGGAUCGCAAAUGUAAACAUGUGCUUAUUAACCGAGGAGUUCAAUUUACUUAUAAUAAACAUGAAAACAGAAAGGAAAGAAGAAGGAGGAUUAAAUAUGGAGAUCCGCAGAAGCAAACAGACACUGUAGACUUGUUUUUAAAGAAGCCUUAUAACGCCCAAACCCUGACUCAAUCUGAAUUAGCAAAGAGGCGGAGCUUAGGCAGGCCUUAAACCUCCACCUCCAAUGGGCUGAACUUUUCCACUAAGUCAUUCCUGCCCAGGGGUGUGCCCAGAUUUAUUUGACUCGGGGCGCCCAGUUGGUACCCUGAGUUUUGCAGGGGGGCCUUACAGCAUAGAAACUUAAAUUAACCCUCUUUUUCUUUCUCCACCAACAAUAUAUGCUAAAAAAAAAUAAAACUAACACCAGAGUACUAAACAGGUGAAUUUUCUUAUGUGAGCACUAAAAAGCAGUCAGGUUCUUGACGAGUCCAUCUCCCAUAUGCUUGUGAAAUGGAUGUUUGAAUUAUUUUUCUAAAAUUAAAAGCACCAACAAAAGAAAAUGAGCUAAAUUAUUUACAAAAUAAACUACAAACACUCCAAAUAGUUGAUUUUACCAUAUCCAGUCUCUUAUAAAGCAAAGUGCCAAUCACAGUUGAGUAUUUGAAAUGUGUAAAAGGGGAACAGACCAGGAACCUAACCCUGACUACACCUAGGGUUAACUAAACAGUAUCUAUUUGCACAAUUAUUUCACUUUAAUGUAUCACAAGUGAGUGACCAACAGAGGGAGACGGCGCAAACCUCUUUGAGUGCACCCCUCUACACCUCUCAUAUACCAAUGCCACUAACGGUUGUACGUAACUAUGGUGCAGGGGGACUUUAACAGGUGGUGCUAAAGGAGCUACAUGAAAAACGCACAUUGCUGAAUGCAAACUCAUUUAACCAAAAAAUGCAUGGGUGUCAAUGGGACUUUAAAGACUUUUGCAGCCAGCCUCCAGUGGACACUCAUGGAACUGCACUUUUAAACAGGCCUAAUCUUCUUUAACGAAGGCUGUGGCAGAGAUGUCAGCGUGUUCGUGGUUACUCUGGGUGAUGUUCCCACGUCCCUGCACACUUGAACAGUCACAUACUCAUAUCUGCUAAUUCAUCAGUAAACACAGGCUCUGUAAACAUCAUUAAUGUGGCUUACACAAUGAGCUAGUAAGGUAAACACAAUUAAACUCUGCUGCACGGCCUUUUUUUUUGCACGUAAACAUACAUAUAUUAGCAAUGAGGGCAAAUUAAUGAAUAAUACAUGGAAGACGUUGUGGCCCGUGUGUUUUUCUCACAAUGGGAACCAGAAGAUAAAUGUCUCAGCUCACAUUAUUGACAGAGUGCCAACAGAUAGAAAUAAACUUCACCGGCUAAACGUAUAACUAGGCCACUUUCUGAUUUCCACGGGGAGAGCUGAAGAAAAGGACCAAAAGCCCAAAUUAUGUAUUCUUGCCUCGGGUCUCCUGAAAGCCUCGACCCACGCAUGAUUGUUCCAGCAGACUUUUUAUCACCGUCUGACUGCAGGAGCGUUCUGACACGGAGUUAAAGUAAACAGAGGAAGGACGUCUCUUUACCUGACAGUGCGGUGUGAGGCCGGGACCAGAUGAAGUGUUAGCGCGUCGACUCGGGUCUGAGUUAAUUAAAGCUGUAAAUGAGAUCUGGACAGCUGUCAUAUCAUCACACGUACCAGUAUCCUAUCACGUUCAAAUGACUGUCACUCUCACUUCAUUUAACACUAAUGUAAUUAACACAUGCACUGCUUUCUGCUCGGUGAGUCUGGAUGGUCAAGAACAGCGAUAAAUUUACUGCCACCGUUUCAAAAUUUUCAACAAAUCUGUGAAAUCUAUAAAGGUAAUUUCCAUCUUAAGUUUUUCAUCCAACUGUUCCUCUACUUUUCUACUUUUUUGAAACUCUAUUUCAAUUUCUGUUUCUUACAAAGAUAAUCUUCCCACAAGAAUCGGAGUCCCCUGAGGUAGAAGUUAACAUUAUAAAAAAGAAAAAUGGUGUUCUGGCAUUUUAAAAUCCAAUUUUCACCCUGGUAAUAUAUCACAGAUUAUUUUCAAUCCAAUUUUCACCUAGCCAGCAACCAGACGAAGCUGCCAGCUCGUGUCAUAUUUUCUCUGGCGUUUGUUUCUGUUCCCAACACCAGUUCAGAAAGUUUUCCAGCUUGAGUUUUUACAAAUAUCUAAAUCGGGCAAAAUCUGGCUGAGAGGAUUUCACAGACGAUCAGAACGACGUAAAAUCUGCUGGUGUCAAAGAUUCUGAAUAUACUGAUGUUUUAGGGUUAAAGUGAUAGUAAUAUGCUGUCCUGUAUUCUUUAAAUAAAUGUAUGAAGCUCAAAUUUUAGAUGUUUGUCAAGUCACCAGCAUCUCUAGGUUGUAUUUAUAUACAGUUUCUUCUUCGUAUGGUACAAGAACAUGAAUUUGAGGAAAUAGUGGAAUGAAUUGCCACUCGAGAUCAAAACAUCCCCCACUCUCUCUACUUUUAAAUCACGUCUUAAACUCAUUUUUAUUCUUUAACUUUUAGCUCAACAUGAGAGUUGUGUGAUCUCUGUCCUUUUAUCACUUUUAUUUCAUUUAUUUUAUUUCACUUUAAAUGUUUUUUUUACCUGCUUUUAUUUAUUUCAUCUUGAUAUUUCCUGUAGUGUCUGUUUUUUUUUAUUUUAUUGUGCAGCACUUUGGUAAACUUGAAUGUUUUUUUUUAAAUUUGCUGUAUAAAUAAAGCAGAUUGGAUUGGAUUGGAUUUGUGAAUGCAACAACAAAGACACUGAGCCCAUGCAGGAUUUCCACUCCAGAGCCAUCACUGUUUUCAAAGCUGUGCUCUCCAAAAAUCUUUUCAUGAUUUAUAGUCAGUAGAUGACAAAACCCCCAAAUUCAGAGGUUAAUUAAAUGACCUCCUAAACUGAAAAUCCUUUAGCAAAAAUAGGGAGAAAAAUCAUUUUUGAAACUCCAGAAAUUGCAAAAAUUGCAAAAAGAUGCAAAAUAACAGUAAACAUGCUCCUGUUACGACCUUUUUGAAACAGGUUAUUAAAAUUUAAUUAAAAAUAAGCAUCUAGUUCUAUAAAAAUCAUAAAAAAUGUGGCUCUGAAAAUUGUUUUUGCUUUAGUUUUAAACAGAUAUGAAGUUUACAUUUUAUAAAGUGUCUAAAUUUUCACAGUAUGAGUUGUGGGCAAGAAUUCCAGGACAUUGGUAUAAAUAUGAGUUUGUGUAGGACUGUGUUGGUUUUACGCAUCAGCAGUUUUAUUCUCAUUUUUAUCACAUUCGUCGCUCUGGUUGCGGGGGAAAGCCUGGUUUCUGAUUGGGCAUUUAAGGGUCAGCUGACUGUAGAUUGCAGCUUCUCAUAAGUGAAAAUACUCUGAUCUUCUCUGUGCAAAAGAAAAGCCUCAAAAUGUCACAGAAGUUUAUCAGCGUGAAUCUGCCGGUCUCACAAAGCUAGUAGAUUUUACAGUAAGUUUUAACUCAUAUUAGUUCACAUACAACAGUGUUUUGGAUCAAACUCCGUCUUUAGAAAUACGUCACAUCAUCAUCUUCUAACUGGAACUAUUAAACAACAAGUCAAUGAACUGGUUCUGAUCUGGAACCAGUUUUCGGUUCCCAUCCCUUUCAGCAAACGUCUGUUUUUGGUUUAAAUUGAGACUCUUUCUUGUGUUUUGUUUCAGGGAAACGAGAACGACAGAUUGUGGGGCGACGAGGAAGACUCCACCCUCCCCUCUCCGGACCUGCCAGACCGCAGCGCCGACCCCGCCCGCCUGUCCUCUCUGCUGCUGCUGCUGGGCCUCAGUUUCCUGCUCCUGCUGCUGCUCUCCGACCAAUAA